UGAGAAGUAAUUCUGUUUUUAUGGUAUCUCAGAGUCACCCGGUGACUCUGGGAGCAGAGGGUGGGGUGCCGCAGAUGAAUACCCCCAUCAUCUUAGAACAGCUCAUGAUUAAAAAAUCUCAACAGAAGAGGAGAACGUCCCCCGCAAACUUCAAGUCCAGAGUCUUUGUCCUUACCCAAUACUCACUCAACUACUACGAGCAUCGGCAAGGGGUGAGUUAUAUGACGCCUAUUAUAUUACCAAAGGGCUAAGUUGCACUGUUACUCUGAAAGUUUAUAUACUGGUUUUGAGUUUGAUUGUGUUUUUGUAUCUUAGAAAGAGUAAACGUUUUACAUGAAUGUUAACAGGAAUAGAUGAUCUUUUGAUAGCUAAUGAGGACCUCAACUCUAAUAACACUCAGCCAGACAGGAUUGAACCAGGCUUCUUCCUAAGGAUCAACCUUAUGAGAGGCUUUAGGUACAGCAGAGGCCACAGUAGAAUUUGCAGCAGUAGCUUUAUGUAUUCAUUGAGACAAGCUGCAUAGUGUAUUAAAUAUUUACGUAAACUGAUGGGAAAUGUAGCUCAUUGCAUACCCUGCCUAGGAACAUUUGAAGUCCUAAGGCAAAGUUGUAAUCUGCAACAGUGGGGAUAAAGUUUGAUUUAAGACACUAGUGGGUCAGUAAUGUUUAUUUUAAUUGUGGGUUAGCAUUGUCUUAAAUCUCACCCUCAUCUUUAAAAUAUUACAGUUUAGCACCACAAACUGUCAUUUAGAAGCAGUCACUGGUUUCAUUUAAGUAAGAGCCCAUCCCAUCAUCUCUAGAAUGAGGGCACUAUUUCAUGAUGGUCUAUAGAAAAUAAAGUCUUCUGGCUGACAUCAGAGUUGCCCUUUAAACAGGAAAGUCCCUAACUUGAGAUAUGUGUCCCGGGAUGUUUCCCCAGAUAUAAAUACAUUAUAUUGUGUCAUACAAAUAUAUUUAUAUCAUACAAAUCGCUUGCUUUCCAUAUACAAUAAAUACUUGUUUCUUUGGACCGCAUGCUAUAUUCUCCAUUCUCUAAAUACAUAUUUCAUAUUGAUUUACAAAAUACAUCUAAGUUUAGAUUUUUACAUUCACAAAUCGCGUAUUAGUCAUCUUCAGAUAGGUAUAUGCUAAAUCUAAAUGUUAUAAAUGCUAUAUGUUUAUAAACAUAAAUACAUACAGUAUAUAAAUUAAAAGCUUACCUGAGGAUUGACUCUACUUACUCCUAGAUGGCUUGUCCCUAAACUGUUAUAACCUUAGUGUGCCUCAGUUGAAUUUCUCUAUUUUGUAUUUCCCCGGUUUAUAGUCUUCCCCUUUCAUAUUUCCCCAUGUUGAUUUCACACUUCGCUCUACUCUGAUGUUAACCUCACUCUUACAUGUCAUUUAUAUUCCCGCAAAUUCCAAUUUGUUUGCUCCCCACUGAUCUCCCCUAUCUCUGCCCUUAAAUAAAAAAAAAAUAUGCCACCUUCCUUAGACCUCCAGCUGAUAGUUUACUUUGCUCAGUCUCUCAAAUUGAUAUUCUCUUUUCUGUGCUUCUGUGCCCCCAUUUGACAUUUCUUCAUACAGAUCUUUUGGGAUAUUGUUAUAUCAUAGAUUUCGAAGAGCAUGUAUUUUAUUUUUCCCAUGACUGUACAUAUACACAUAUGCACAUAUUAGAGCAGAGGCUUUUUCAUGCCCUCUCACUUUCAAAAAGCAGAAAAGGUACAAACCCUUGUCCUCUCAUGAUGUCAUUGUCACCUCUACUUUGCUAAAAUGGAAAAAUAUUUUUUUUUAAAAAGAACACACUGAUGUUGAAAAAUUAACCUAGUCUAGGCAGCACUGAACUGGCCACACUUUGUAAGUGUCCACGUUUUCAAACCAGACAACAUGACACAUUUUAGGAGACAUGGCUUAUCAAUUUCCUAAAUGAAAUCUCUUAAUUUAGAUCGUAGCCUCCAAAGAUCCCAGAAUGUUCUCUUUACUUUAGGGAAUAUUGUUGAAUAUAUUACCAAUCUUCUUGAACUACCCAAUCUUACACCCAAAUAUACCUUAUUAUAGUAUAAAAUAAACAUUGCCUGAAUGAUACUUUACAUCUAUGAAAGUAUAUUCACCUCUUCAUGUUGUUACAAAUAGUUUACGUCCAUGGAGUCAAUGAUCCCUCUUUUGACUUUAAGACUUUUCCAUUCUAGAAGGCAUUCCUACUGUUUGAGACUGACUGAGCUCUACGAUUAUAAUCCUGAAAUCCCUUAGAAACAGCUUUCUAUAUUAUGGAGUAAGAUACAAUUUUAAUUAUUAUUUUUAGUGUUUAUAUAGCACCAAUAAACAUCACACCAUCACCAGUGAACAAAUCACAUGAUUUUGUAAUUAGAAUUACAAAAUUAUCAUUUUAAAGGGAUACUAUAUGCUGAAAAACAAUUUUAGCUUAAUAAAGCAGUUUUAGCGUACAGAUCAUGUCCCUGCAGUCUCACUGCGGAACCUCCCCUGGUUGUGAAUGACACAGCCUGCAUGAAAAAGUGGUUUCAUUUAAAUCAGAUGUUAACUUACUUUGGAGCUUUUAUCUCCUGCUCUGUAAAUUGAACUUUUAUCACACAGAGGAGGGUCCUGUGGGCUCUAGAAGGCUAUUAACAGAGCAGGGGAUAAGAAAUUCAAAUGUACACAAACUUUGCAAUAAAAGAAGUUUAUUACAUUAGAUGUCACUUUACAGGAAGUGCUUAGGAAGGCUGUGUAAGUCACAUGCAGGAAGGUGUGACAAGGGCUGUAUAAACAAAGUGAUUGAAUUCCUAAAUGGAAGAAAAUUGAGCAGUGAGACUACAGGGGGCAUGAUCUAUACACCAAAACUGCUUAAAUAAAGGGGCUCUCUAGUCACCGGAACAACUACAGCUUAAUUUUGUUCUGGUGCCUACUAUCUGUCCCUGGAGACUUCAAAGCAUCUCUAUGAGGCAUUUUGGGAAAGUUUUGGAUUGGCUGAGAUAAUCAAAUUUGAUUUCAGUCAAGGGGACAGAGCGUGAGCAGGGCCAGCUGAGAUCCCACCCACGCAGCACCGGAAAAAGAUGAAUAAAUCGCCUUUUUAAACAGCAGUAAGGGGGAUCAGGCCCGACCCUAUAGUGUUCCUUUCAGCUAAAAUUGUUUUGAUGCCUAUAAUGUCUCUUUAAGGACAGACAUCUAUUUGACAUAUUUUCUUCAGAGCUAAAAUACAGUUGGGAGGAAUACAUUAUUUCAUAAGCAUAUACAACUUGCAUGUCUUCUUCUGAAUGUCAAACUAGUUAAGUUUUUGCCUAUUCUCAGUGUUCUUAUUUGUUCUGUAUUGGCUUGCAUACAUUUUCUUAUAGUCUCUUUAAGACAACAGGUCAGUCUAGACAUGGACCGCUUACACUAUGUGCCUAAACGGGCAUCAGUUACACCUCACCAAAGUCAAUCCCCAGGGGGUGGCUGUGUGUCUCAUGCAGAUGGUAUCUGCUGGCAUUUUGAUUCUAGACUGACAAUGUUAGUGGGAUCAGUCUGGUAUGUGAAUGGCAUAGGUUCUCUCCGUAAUGGCACAUGCAAGAUGCAGGUCUGAGAGACGGGGAUCACUAUGCUUAGAGGGGUAUUAGUUAAUCCUCACUAAUGAGGAUUAGCUCACUGAAGGCCAUUUUUAUUUAUCAAAUAUAGAUAAAAAAUACAUGACAUGGAAAAAUAUAUCAAUAUAUAUAAAAAAUCUAAAUAUUUAAAUAUUUAAGCAAUUACUAUUUAUACAUUUAGUGAAAUAUGUAGAAACACCCUUACACCCUUCAAGUCUUUCACAUACUUCAUAUCAUAAAGGUUGUUUUAUUUGUUAAAUUAAACAUUUACAUCAGAAUUUUGAAGCAAAUAAUUUGUGGUUCAAAUUAUGAUAAAAUUGAGCAUAUGUAAUUUAAAAUAGAUUUUCAUUAGUUCUAAAUUAAGUUUCAAAGAAGCAUGCUCCAAAAUGCUUUUUUUGAUAGGUCCUAAAUGUUCUUCAAAUGUUUCCUGAUUUGGGCUAGAUUCUAUUACAAGUGAUAUUCUCUAAUAAUUGAAAAUACAAUUUUCCACAGAAGCUACUCUUAUCAAACUUUAAUUUAUCUCAGAUUAUAGCAUCCAACUAUUUGUGCUGAGAUUGUGAGUAAACAAUUACCCUAUAAAUAAUAUAUAUUAAAAAAAUUGGCAAUAUAUUCUGACAUGAACAUUUCACUCAAUCAGUGAGUAGCAUUGAAAGGAGAAGUUAAAAACACCUGUGAAUGCCACCAAUCUGUGGCCAACAAUCUUUAGUUCCAAAAUUUUAUUUAGGGGCGCAAACAUUACUAGAACUACUAUUUCAGGAGUAGCUAGACUAGUAUAGGAUAGAGUAUUCAGGAUCCAAACCUGGAGCAGCAGUUUUGGGGAAAUGGGAGUGGAAGUGGAAAUUCCAGGACAAUGAGGCUUAAAUGGUAAAAAGCAAGGAGGGGGUAACCAUUAACCUUCUUAUAAAACUGAUUGCUUAUCUGGUGUUAGCAAAAACGUAAUGAGGAAUGAACAGGACAUAUUUUUCAGUCUGUUAUACAAAUAACACACAUUGCUCUUCUCAUUGAAUUCACUGCACACUGUAUUCACAACCCUUAUAAAUAUACACAUACCUCAUGGUAUGCAAAUUUUAACACAGACCAUUGUUAGAUGUAUUGCAUAGUGAUUUUUAUCUUAACACAUUGUUAGAUAACCUCGGCAAAGAAGAUAUUUCCUGUGAAUAUCAUGUAACAUAAUGGACAUGUAACAGCAGACCAUAUUAUUGUUUAAUAAAGUAUAUGAUACCCUAGUCUUAUAGAUAGUAGGCCUUUAUUCUUGUAGAGUAGGGUAUUAGUCUGUUCACUGAAUAGUAUCUCCUUAAAUUCUAUGGGAAAGUUGCCAUUCAUUAAACCAUUGCUCUGCUUAUAGAUUCCAGUGUAAGGUGAAGGUGCAGGUCCUUGAGGCAGAUACUGUUCUAAAGUGUGAAGGGUCAUGUAUAAAUAUUUGAUAGUUGGAGAUAUUUUCCAGAUCAAUAAUUUUUUUUGUCUAAUAUUUUCAAUUUGGUUAUCAAUUUACAAUUGAUUGUUUAGUGAAUAAACCCAAUGAGGUUUUGCAAACUACAUAGAUAUUCAGGGAGCAGAAUAGUUUAAUAUAUCCAAGUUUCUCUUCCCUAAGAAGCAUUCCACGUAAUGUAACAUAAAUUCAGUCGAUAACACUAAGGAUCUUUGACAUUCAUGCCUUCAGACUGGAGGGUGAAAAUGUAUUGAUGUAUUGGCACUAGUAGUCAAAAGAGCCCUUGUUUUUUUGCAAGGCCAAGCUGGAAAGGAUAGGAGUCUAUUCAUAUCUGAAGACCCAGUUACUACAAACAUACCACCACUGAAGACCAAGUUACUCCAAAGCAUACCACUUCAUCUGUAAAACACGGUAGAGGAAGUUUGAUGGCAUAGGCAUGCAUGGCUUUCAAUGGUCCUGGGUCACUAUUGUUUAUUGAUGAUGUGACAGAAGACAGAAGUAACCGGAUGAAGUAGUGUAUAGGGAUAUAUUGUUUGUUUAGAUUCAGCCAAAUUCAGCAAAGUUGAUUGGACAACGCUACACUUUACAGACGGACAAUGACCCAAAACACACUAUACUGCCCUGAGGGUGCCCCCACCCUCAGGGUCCCCCUCCCGCCCGGCUCUGGGUAGAGGAAAGGGUUAAAACUUACCUUUUUUUCCAGCACCGAGCAGGGAGCUCUCUGCCUCUUCUCCUCCCCUUCGGCUGAAUACGCACGCGCGGCAGGAGUUGCGCGCACAUUCAGCCGGUUUCAUAGGAAAGCAUUUAUAAUGCUUUCCUAUGGACGCUUGCGUGUUCUUUCUGUGAUUUUCACAGUGAGAAUCACGCAAGCGCCUCUAGCAGCUGUCAAUGAGACAGCCACUAGAGGAUUUGGAGGCUGAAUUAACCCUAUUAUAAACAUAGCAGUUUCACUGAAACUGCUAUGUUUAUAGAAGAAAGGGUUAAUCCUAGAGGGACCUGGCACCCAGACCGCUUCAUUAAGCUGAAGUGGUCUGGGUGCCUAGAGUGGUCCUUUAAUAUAUAUAUAAUUAUAUAUUAAUAUUGAAAUACACUUAGAAUGAUGUUAUUUAUAUAUAUAUAUAUAUAUAUAUAUAUGUAUAUAUAUAUAAAAAAAAUAUAAAAAUCCCCUGCACUCACGCUUUAAACACUUCACUGCCGGGCGCAUAUACCAGGACUCCACAUUACACAACUCCAAAAUAGCAAUGGCUGCUCUCCGGUCUUUAAAAAUAAAACAUUUAUUGAAUCAAGUUUAAAAUAACGACCAACGUUUCAGUCCCCAUUCAGGACUUUCCUCAGGGUCACAAAGCAAGACAUGUCGUUAUUUUAAACUUGAUGCAAUAAAUUUUUUUUUUAAAGACCGGAGAGCAGCCAUUGCUAUUUUGGCGUUAUGUGUAUAUAUAUAUAUAUAAAAUAAAAAUAAUCAAUAAAGUGAAAAAAAGAACAUUUAAAAAAUUAUUUUUUUAUUUUUAUUUUAUAUCUGUUUUAUUUCGUUCUAAUGAUAUUUUGAUAUUAAUAUGCAUAUAUAUUUGAAUCAAAAUUCAUUUAGAAUGUUAUAAAUGCAUAUACGUAUCUAUUUAUCUCUCUCUCUAUAUAUAUAUAUAUAUAUAUAUAUACACACACAUAUAUAUUUGAAUCAAAAUACAUUUAGAAUGAUGUUAUAAAUGCAUAUAUUUAUAUCUAUUUAUCUCUCUCUCUCUCUCUCUCUCUCUCUCUCUCUCUCUCUAUAUAUAUAUAUAUAUAUAUAUAUAUAUAUAUAUAUAUAUAUAUAUAUAUAUAUAUAUAUAUAUAUAUAUAUACAAAUUAUAUCCCCCAUUACAAUAGCCAGUCUGGAAAAUUUCAAUGUGUAUAAACUGAAAAAUUUAAUGAUACUAUAUCAGACCCUGUAACUUUACAAAAUACCAUAAAACCUGUACAUAGUACUGGGGUACUGUUUUACUUGUGAGACAUCGCUGAAUACCAAUAUGUGUAUUUUAUUGCAGUAACAGCUAACAGUUUAAUGACAUUCACAGUUAAAAUGUCACGCAGAAGUAAAAAAAAACUAAAAAUAAUAACAUUUUCUUAAUUUCUCUUUUUUAAUAUAUUUUAUUCAUAUUGAAUUAUGUUUAAUAUAUAAAUAUUUAAAGUGACAUAAAAGUCUAGUUUCUCCUGAACAAAAUUAUAUAUAAUAAGUGUGGGUGCACUUAAUAUGAAAGAGGUGAAUUAUGGUUAAACAAAGAUAUAGCGCAAAUUCAGGGUUUUGUUUACGUUUUGUUUUGAUCUGAACUUGUACAACUGCCUCAGUUCUUAAGGGGUUAAGUCAGAAAGACACACAAACAAACAACUGAAGACAGCUACAGUAAAGACCUGGCAAAGUAUCACAAAGGAGGAAACCCAGCGUUUGGUAAUGUCCAUGCAUCCCAGACUUCAAAAAGUUAUUGCCUGCAAAGGAUUCUCGACAAAGUAUUCAAAAUUUACAUUUUAUUUCUCAUUGUGUUAAUUUGUCCAACUACAUUUGCGCCCCUGAAAUAAGGAGACUGUAUAUGAAAAUGGUUCCUAAACAUUUUAUACAAUAUUUUUGUUUAACCGCUUCAAUUACAGCUGAAAGUCUGCACUUCAAUUGCAUCUCGUUUGUUUCAUUUAAAAUACAUUGUGGUGGCAUACAGAGCCAAAAUCAUGAAAAUUGUCUCAGUGUCCAAAUAUUUCUAGACUUAACCGUAUAUUCCAGGACUAAAUAUAAAUAGAAACUACUUGGUAAUACUGCUUUAUCUUCUCACAAGACUUCUACAAUAUAUUUGUUUAUCAGGAUAUUUAUUAUGGGGCAGUGAUGUAUGUGGAGGGCUGCUUCAAUAAAAAACAAAUAAUGAUACUGCAGCUCGUGACUUACAAAGUAAAAUCCCCAUAGUAACCCUUCAAUGAGUAUGUGUGUAUUAGAAUGUGUAAAAAAAUCUGUUAUCAAGUCAUAUAACUGCAUUUAUAAUAUACAAAGCAGAAUGUGAUCUAUAACAAAUCCGUAUUCUUUAAAGUAAUGUUAAUCAAGGGUCAAAUAUUCCUUCAAAGAAAUUUAUUUUGUUAUAGUUUGCACUCGGCCCUGUACAUUGUAUUAUCUGUAAAUUUAUAAAUUGGUGAUAUUUCAAAUGUGUUUUUGAGCAGCAAGUGCCUAAUUACAGUCCAUGCAUAUAUAAUAACAAUAUUAUUAGAUUUGAAGCAAUUAACCCACAUAAUAACCACAAUGUUUACAAUUAAUUUGUGGCAAAGGAUUUAUUGUUUCAUGUUUUUGUUAUUUCUUGUUUUAUAUUUAUUGCACCGUUCUAUACUUACUAUAAUUUUUUUUAAGGGCGCAUAGGUCUUUCAUGUGAUAUGAUUUAUAUCAACAUAAAUUUAGUAAAAAAAAAAUGUCAAACCUGGAAAAACGUGUAUAUUUUUCACAGUUUUGCCUAUAACAAUGUGCACAUAAUAAGGUCAGCUAAAGAAGAGUGCUUCAAAAUAAAUUAAUUUAUUUGUCCUGAUUUACAUAAUACAUCAUCAUAUGUGUAGGAUUUCAAUUAUCUUAUUAGUUAGCCAAAAGCUGAAAAUUUUCCAAAUUAGCAGGGGUUUUUAAUCAAGUGACGAUUUAAAAUGAAUUUCAAAUUUAAGAUCAAGGUUGCUGAACUAAAAGCAAAUCUGACAUUUUCCUCCAUUUCAGCUAUUUUGAACUUAAGUUUAAAAUUCACUUUGAAUUCUCACUUUAAUAAAUAACCCUGUCCGUUUCAUAGUGGUCACAGAUAUCCAAAAAUGUUUAUCUUGUUAUAAAGCACACAUCCUAAGGCAUUUAUCUAGCAAUCUUCUGAUACUUCACCUGGCCAUUUUGCUACCACAUCUGCUAAAGUUUGUUGUAAUUUUAUGUUUUUUUACAUCAGACUUUUGUUAUGCAUUUCAUAAAUGUAACGUAUGCAACAACAACAAAAAAGGUGCUCAGCUACAUCUUGCCAAUAACGUAAUACCCUCAAAUAUACAUUUGCAAUGAUUCUAUUAAGCUAUAGUUCCACUUUCAGUUUUCAAACUUGGAACUUCCAGAUGAUUUUAUGGGUCUGUGUCUCAUUUUGGGGCAUUUUAGCAACUCACAGGUUAAAAUUACACCAUAGAUGCAUAAACAGAAAAAACACAUGCAAAAGCCACCCACGGGUGGAAGGUGCACACAAAUCCUAAAAGAAUUCAAUAACCAUUAUUACUGUAAGAUAAAAUGUAUCCCUUCUUAACCCCUUAAGGACCAAACUUCUGGAAUAAAAGGGAAUCAUGACAUGUCACACAUGUCAUGUGUCCUUAAGGGGUUAAAUGUGUCCCAAUUGUAUCCAGUGAAAUAGGUUGUAGCAGAGGGAUCCUGUAAUCACUUCUCAGUUUUCAUAAAGAUAUCAUCUUUAUGAAAUACUGAUCAAGACUGUGUUUGAUGAAAUUCCAAUGCAAUCCAAAGAGACCAUAUGACAAAGUAGGAACUAAUUUGUCUUAUAGGUAAACCUGAGGUUGACAACAGUUGACAAAAGCAGUACUCUGCCAUCAACUUUUGUAUAAUCCCAGCAGCCAACACAAAUUAUGUCUGAUGGAUUAAAGCUUUGUCUAUAGUUCUUUCUCGCAGGAUCUUCCGUAGACCUCAGUAUUGUACUCUUGUGCAUGCAUGAGAGUACAGCACUGAUGUGACUUUUGACAACUGAAGCACCUGGAUCCAAAGAAUACAGCGCGACGUAGAUGGCGGCAACCACAAGGAACCACGUGUUGAAAUCUGUUAAAAUAUGCGAAGACCCCAAAAGUGACAAAUCUGCUUUAAUUAGAAACCUAAGAGAAUGCUUUUUCGAAGGACAGGACAAAAAUAGGUUCCACAUAGGUACCGGCAGGUCCUAGAUAAACUUUAAGGUUAAAUAAUCCUACUAGUAUAGAAAUAGACACUACCCAUCUUAUAUGUCAUAUCAAUGAAUAAGAUAAUAGGGUCUCAAAAACAAACCAAAAAAAGGUAGUAAUAAAUAAAACAUUGAAUACUAUACUCAUGUGGCAGUGGCGGGGGAGACCUAAUGCGCAUGCACGUCAAUGGCCGCCCGUGUGCAUUAGACCUCCCCAUAGGAAUUUCAAUGCUUUCCUAUGGGGAAAAUCUGACCCUGGAGGUCCUCGUGCAGAGCGUGAGGACAUCCAGCAUCAGAUAAUGGACCAAAGGUCCGUUUGGAUUCCGGAAGCUCCCCAGUGACUGUCUGGUAGAUAGCCAUUGGGGGCAGACUUAUUGCUGCAAUGAAAACAUUGCAGUUCUCUGGAACUGCAAUGUUUAACAUUGCAGCACUAGGUGCAAAAAGGACACAGCACUUAGACUACUUCAGAAAUAAUGGACACAAUUGGCAAGAUCAAUAAUGAGUGUAAACCAAACCUACAAAAGGACUUCAAAGUAUAUGUUUACUAUACCAAUACCAUACCCUCACUGAAAAGCAAUAUAUCACCCUCUGCAACUCACUGGACUAUAAAUUUCCAACUUCCACAACUAUACAGAGGUAAAGUGCAGCAGUAGAAAAUGAAAGGCAGCUUCCCUAACAUUUAACAUGCAUUUCAGUAAACUAGAUCAUACAAAGUAAAUUUGUUGUCACAAUUAGGAAACAUUUUAAUGUAUAUUUAUAACGGAAAUUUUAAAGCAAUCUAGGGGUUUUGUGUGUAAUCCACAUGUGGGUGGUUGUUGUGUGUAUUUUUUGUGUUUUUUUAAGUAUUAGGGAGUUACCCUUACAGGACACACAUGUCUUUAACUAACAGCCCCUUUUCUGUAUGUUACUAUAAACACAUACCGUUGUCAACAGUAGACUUCCUGAUUAAAGGAAUGCUGAAUUGUACUUUUAAGAUUUGCUUUUAUUUAAUUAUUUUUAAAAGUGAGACAAAAACAUUAAAAGAUAAUUCAAAUUAAACAUUUUUUUUUCUUAAUUUUUUCUUCUAUAUAAAUUCAUUUUCCCUCGAAUCCCAAUGAAAUUAAUCAUUUGCAGUUUUCAGAAGAAUAUAUCACUUCUAACUAUAACAAAAAAAAGUAUGACUUAUAGUUUUGAAAAAAACAAAAAAACAUCUUGCUGUCAUGCAAUACUGUCAGAACAGUAUAUUCUUAGCUACCAUUGUGGAACAUAGAAGAAAAAGUUUUAUUAAAUGAAACGUAUGUAGAUAUGCAGGUUUCUAUAAAGUUUCUAUAGAGUGGUAGAGGGAACCUCAGAAUGCUUGCUUCCAAACACCUGAGAUUAUAAAUCUGGCUCCUAGGCAUGUGCAUUAAUAUCACCCUUUGUUUGACAUUGUUAUAAUCCUCCCCAAAUGACGAGUGGAGUGAAGUGUGGGGGAGCAAUACCUGGAGACCAGGGAAGAACUUCAUAGAUUCUUCUUCCCUGGUGGGGUCCAUGGUUUUCACUGGAGGCGGAAGUAAAGACAAUGGAUAGGGCCUGUAGAGAUCACAAGACCUUUAGCAGCAUGAGGCCUGUUUUUUUUUCUCCAGGCCAUUUAUUCUUUGUGCAUUUGAAAAGUCAGAUCAGCAGAGCAAAAAGAGACCAACGGAAUAUAAUUAAGCAUAUUUGUUGAAUAAAAAGUCUCUACAAUACCUACUACUAACCAAUUGGUAUACUCAAGGUCUGACAGAAUUUUCUCAGAAAUUAAAUGUGUAUUUUCUAAUUGCAAGUUAUCCACAAUAUGUUCUAUAUUUUUAUUGUUUCAUUCAGAAAAUCCGUAAUCUUCGAGGCUCUAUCAAAUUAUCUAAUAUCAAAUGCAUAGAGAUUGUAACAACUGAUGUAUGUAUCUCCUGCAGGAACAAAUACCCAUUCCAGGUAAGACAUUGAAAUGUUAUGUUAGUACUAUUAUUUUUUUAAUUCCAAUCUACAAGCAUAUUCUGUGAUAUUCCAUGAUUUGAAUGCUGGGGUAUGCAACGUUCAACAUUCCAUAUGUUACAGACUACAUCUCCCAUAAUACACUUACAGCCAUAAUGCUGAAAAAUAAUCAGGGAAGAUGUAAUCCACAACAACUGGAGUGCCACAGGUUGCCUACUCCUGUUAUACAGCAAUGGUACAUGCUAAUAAAGUGCAAGAUACAAAAAAAAAAGUUGAGGGAGCAUAGUGAAAUUUGCUGGUCAAGUCCAAUUCUUUUCAUGGAUUCAUUAACCAAAAAGUAUGUAAAAUUAUGCAUUAAUUAUUGGAUAUUAUUUUGAUUUAAGUAGUCUACGAUACAUCCACAUUUCUUGAAUUCAGUAAUCAAACAGGCUUCCAUUCUGUUGAAAUAGACCUAUCCCACCAAUGCCUUCACCCAGAUGUUGAGAAAUUGAGAUAAAAAAGUGAGGGCCUUGCUGAGAGGUAUUGAGGGGUAUAGAAGGACGCAUUGAUCAGGCACCCUUAGAGUAAAUUAUCAGACACGUGGGUAGAGAGUAAAUCUAAAAUUGGAAAUUUUGCCACCCACUCAUUUUUAACUUCUCUGCGGUAGGGAGAAUAAUCGUUUAUGUUCUCUGCAUCCACGGCAAGAGGAUGUGGUAAGGAGAGUGUGGACUGUGUAGUUGCCAAUGGCUCUUGUUUUUAACCAUCUAUUAGGCUGAUUUCCCAUUAUUAUUCUACUUUUCCCUGAUCACAUGGCCCAGAGCAGCUUUAGUAGAUGUCUUAAGUGACUUCCUCUUAUAUUUUACUAUUACCUCAACCCGCAGCCUUGAGCAUAGGAGGUUGAGAGGGCAGGACCAUAAUCACUCAGAUGUUUACCCUGUUUAAUAAAUCACUCAAUCACUCAGAUGUUUAAUAAAGUGGGAGGACUAUUUGCCAACUUCAUCUUUAUUAACCCCUAUCAAUACCUCUGGCAUUCAAUAGAAUAACUAUAGGGAUUUACGAACCUAUUUAAGAAAAUCUAGACAAAACUGGUUGGUCCCUGACAAAAUUUUGAUGAACCAAAACAGGAGAAUAAAUUGUAAUACAUUAUGUUUUCUUCUGUGCAAAUCUAGCAGAUAUUAGGUAAAUGCAUCAAACAUAUACAAUAAACUUUAAUUAUAUGUGAUCCAAUCUCGUGUACAUUUAGAGUUCAGUAUAUACUAUAUCAGGGUUCUAACAACAUUUAUGUAUGUUGACUUGCUCAAUCUCUAGCAGCCAUGAAAAUUCUGAUGCCUAUUGUUUUGUCACCAGGUGGUACAUGAUAAUUACUUUCUGUAUGUAUUUGCACCAGACAGAGAAAGUCGGCAGCGAUGGGUAUUGGCUUUAAAAGAAGGUAACAAUUUUUAUUACAGAUAUGUUUAGAUGCACACAUUGGAUUUCUACAAUAGGUGGUAGAAAUUUAAUUUAUGGAAGAGUCUACUUAAAGGGGCACUAUAGUGUCUGGAGCAUAAACAUGUAUCCCUGACACUAUAGUGUUGGCCCUACCUACCUCAGGUUAAAAAGGUGAUUUACACAUUCUUUUCCAGCAUCGUGCGGGACUACUCAUGUCUGGCCUCGCACCUAAUCCACCUCCUUGGCUGACAUAAUCAGAAUUGAUAGAAAAAGCAUUGGAUUGGCUGAGAUCAGCAAUUCUGAUGAUCUCAGCCAAUGAGGUGGGGCAUGGGCGAAGCCAAAUGGCACCCUGGCCAAUCAGCGUCUCCACAUAGAGAUGCAUGCAAUCAAUGCAUCCUUAUGGGAAAGAUUCUCUGAAAAGGCAAUGUUUACAUUAAAAUGCCUGCAGGGACUGACUAUGCUCACCAGAACAACUACAUUAAGCUGUAGUUGUUCUGGUGAUUGUCAUGUCCCUUUUAAGUUUGUAACAGAAAGAUUGUUCUCCUGACUAGGAAACAAAGUUAAGAAUAAACUGUAUAUACAGUGAAUGGGCAGAUUGGAUAUGCAAAAGCUCUGUUUCUAUGAAUGCAUCCAUACAUAAACCUUUUGAGUAUAUACAGAUCUACUUUGAUUAUACAAUCCUGCCGUUUUAAGUAAUAAUUUGGAAUGAUUUCUUUGCAAAAAAUGUAGAAUCUUCAACCUAAAACAAAAUAUUGUGGCCAGUCACUUUACCUGCAGGGUUUAAAAAACUGCAUCCUUAGUAACUGCCAGGUACAGUAUGGUAUGCUUUGUAGAUCAUCAUUAAGAUCCCUACAGGUGAGCACAAGGGCUUGCGAGGAAGAAGAUGACAGAGUUACACAGACAUUGGCGCCUAGAGUAGAAGUAAAGAGUUUUCAGUGGUAGCUUGUAGAAAUAAUUAGGGACAAUACUGGGAUAUCAAUGAAGGCAGAAACAAGGCUGAAAUCACAGGUCUUACACUUGUCAAAACACAAGAAUGUAUCAUCUGAUCCCUAGAAGGAAUUGAUCACAAUUCCAAUGCUACAAGGUUAAAACAAACUACCAACAUAAAUAGCAGAAUUGCUAACUAAACGGUUUAUCAACUAACUUACUGGUUCCAUUCAUUUUUCUGUCUAAGCUUAAAACUACCCUCAAUUCCAACCUCAAAAAACAUGAUAACAUGAUAUACUGUUGUAAUUGAUCACUAUGAAAUACAUUUCUCAAAAAUAAUAAUAAUAAAAUAACAAUUGAGAGAUUGAGGAUGUUGGUGGCACUUUUGAUUUUUAAGUAAGUGUAACUUGCUCUUUAUCCUGGUCCUAUCACACAAGAUCAGUGCAGACUAGAAGCCAUGACAUAUCAUAGAUCAUGUAUAGAUGAUGGAAGUGCACUCAAUUCUUUGUCUGGAAUUCAGGGUGCUCAAAUGGAUAAGUCCCAGUACCAAAAAAGGACCAAUUGUAGCAUUUGAAUAUAGAAAAUAAUCCAGGCACUCCAACGAAUUCCAAAAUAUAGGCAAUCUUUAUUAGAACAAGGAACCAAACAGCAACGUUUCGACCCCUAAGGGCCUUUGUCAAGCUUGAAAACCAAACAGCAACGUUUCGACCCCUAAGGGCCUUUGUCAAGAUUGACAAAGACCCUUAGGGGUCGAAACGUUGCUGUUUGGUUCCUUGUUCCAAUAAAGAAUGCCUAUAUUUUGGAAUUCAUUGGAAUGCCUGGAUUAUUUUCUAUAUUCAUAUCAUAGAUCAUGGCAGUCUUACAUUGUCUUGUUUAACCCCUUAAGGACACAUGACGGAAAUAUUCCGUCAUGAUUCCCUUUUAUUCCAGAAGUUGUGUCAUGAUGGGGUUAAGACAGCCAGCGACUGAGCCAAGGAGACGUUCUUUGCACCCAUGACCUGUUAUUACUAUUAGUCACAACUUUAUUAGCAUGUAAUGCUUGAUAAGGCCAUAGUGUUACACUUACAUAUUUUAAAGUACAGUAUGCUAGAUUAAAAAAAAAAAAAAUGAAAACCACCUUUAUGAACUAUUAUUUACUAUAAAAUUGGUGUGACAGUGGUGAUUAUAAAUUAUAUGUCAAAUGAACAAAGAAAAUAUUGUACACAUUCUGCUUUUCCCGUUUCUGUAAAAUGUACAGCUAAUAAAAUAAUUAUCAAAUAUACAUCUGAAUGCUGUCAACAAGUCAAAUAAUGUAUUUACAAUGUACGAUGAGCUGUGAUGAGCUACUAACGGACUUCCAAAUUGUAGGCCAAUAUAGCAGAGUUUAAAAAAUCCCAGAUUAAAGGAGUCCAGAGAAAAGGCCAGCGUUCAUAUUUUAUUCUGAAUCUGGUAAAUGAAGUGUCAGCUUAAGACAACUCAUUGUUAAUUCAUAAAUUCACAAGAAGAAGAACCGAACCAUUAACAACAAAUUAUUCAUUAAAGUGAGAAAUCAAAGUGAAUUUAGCAUUUUAGACCACAAUAGUCAAACUAAAAGCAUCAAUGGCUCAGAAAUGUUUUCCCAUUCAGCUAUUUUACCCUUAAAUUAGAGAAUUAAUUUUGAAUUCCCAAAACAUCUAACAUUAGUAAUUAACCUUGUUAAUGUGGCUUGCCGAUACAUGACAUGUCCAGUCAUGGAGCUCAUUAUGCUCUGUUCCUUCUUUUCAGGUACCAGGAACAAUGACAGUCUCAUCCCCAAGUAUCACCCUAAUUUUUGGCUGGAAGGAAGGUGGAGAUGCUGUUCCCAAACAGAGAAGAUGGCAGCUGGGUGUGCUGUGUACGACCCAAACAAGGAUGGUGAGAGUAGCUCCAUUGUGUAAAUGGUGUAACUGGUUCUUCUUUGCAUUUAGUAGGCAGUGCUGAUACAAUCUGCCUGUUGCAGCCAUUGUGGACCCACAUUAAUAGCAUGGGAACCCACAUUAUGAGUCGUGAUCGAGGGUUAAAAUAACACAAGUAAUGCCCUGGCUCCUCCCAAGGUAUGUAGUCAAACCAUCUGAGAAUAAAAUUAAUUUUCAACUCAAUGAAUAGUAUUUUAUCUGUGCUUGGAGUGCAGAUGCAUGUAGUACAUGUUCAAACCCUAUAACCAGCAUUAAAACAAUCCAUUCUGUUAUGGUAAUAUCUAAGCAUGAUUUAUCCCUGAAUAAAGUGCCUAGUUUGGAAUAAAGCGUUGAUGACAGUUUUCAAUAUUUAUGCUAAAGAGAGAGAGAUUGUGAUAUAACUACUACAUAACAUAUAUUUACUGGAGCUGACUGUUAUAGCAAUUUGAACUUUGUUUUGAAUACAACUGCAAGUUAUGUGAGGCUUUAAAAACAGGCUUUUUUUAGUAACCCAUCUUUCCAUAAAAAAGUUGUGAUUUGAUAUGUUUGUAUAGAUUUUUAGUGCUACAGGGAAUUCUUGGUUGGCUACAAGGGUACUGCUAAUGUAUUGCACAUACAGUGUGAAGGGCAUAAAUAAGUGGAAUACAAAGGAACUUAAAGGACCACUCUAGGAACCUAGACCACUUCAGCUUAAUGAAGUGGUCUGGGUGCCAGGUCCCUCUAGGAUUAACCCUUUUUUUUAUAAACAUAGCAGUUUCAGAGAAACUGCUAUGUUUAUAAAUGGGUUAAUCCAGCCUCUAAAGCCUCUAGUGGCUGUCUCAUUGACAGCCGCUAGAGGCGUUUGCGUGCUUCUCACUGAAAAUCACAGUGAGAAGACGCCUGAGUCCAUAGGAAAGCAUUGUGAAUACUUUCCUAUGAGACUGGCUGAAUGUGCGCGCAGCUCCUGCCGCGCAUGCGCAUUCAGCCAAAGAGGAGGAUUGGAGGCGGAGAGGAGGAGGAGAGCUCCCCGCCCAGCGCUGGAAAAAAGGUAAAUUUAACCCCUUUCCUUGCCAACCAGCCCGGCUCUGAGGGUGGGGGCACCCUCAGGGCACUAUAGUGCCAGGAAAACAAGUAUGUUUUCCUGGCACUAUAGUGGUCCUUUAAGAUUGUACCUUGUGGGGUUCCACAUGCAGUGGUGUAUUUAGGAUUUGUGCUGCCCUAGGCAGGAUGGUGCUUGGGCACCUCUCCCCCCCGCCCAAUUAAAAAUUUCCCCACCCCUUCCUGUCAAAGACACUCACUGACAGACGCACACUCACUGACAGACGCACACACUCACUGAUAGAUGCAUACACUCAUUGACAGACACACACUCUCAUAUACACUGACAAACAAUGACAUACACUCACUGAUUUGACACACUGAUAGACAGACAUACACUUACUCGGACACACUCACUGACAGACUUACUGACAGACGCACACUCUCACUGACAGACGCACGCACUCACUGACCGACACAUACACACUGACUGACCGACACACACACUCACUGACACACACACUCACCUACCCACAUUCACUGACACACACACUCACUGACAGACACACACUCACUCAAAUUCACUGACACACACUCACAUUCACUGACACUCACAUUCACUGACAUACGCUCACUCACAUUCACUGACUCACAUUCACUGACACACACACAUUCACUCAAAUUGACAGACACACACUCACUCAAAUUCACUGACACACACACUCAAAUUCACUGACACACACACUCACAUUCACUAACAAACACACACACAUUUCCCCCACUCACUAUUAUUAAUAUUGUUUUUUUUUUAAUAUGAACUCCACCAAGCCUCCCUAGUUUUGGGAUACCUGGGUGGAUAUUUCACCUGGGGUCCAGUGGGGCUGCUGGGCAGGGAGGCAGCCGGACGUGCAGGCAGGCGGGCGGCGAGCACUUUCCCCUGAGCUCUCUGACGUCAUAUUCUGGCUCCCGGCAUUACUGUGGGUCGUGCGAGGGAGCUGAGCAGAGAGCUCAGGGGAAAGUGCUCCCUCGCCGCCCACCCUGGGGAGCCCAAAGGUGGCCAGCUGGCCAGCUCUUGGGCUCCCAUAAAACAAGGCAAACAAGGUAUUUGACUGGGCAUUUGGGGGCGUCCCCGUUUUUUUGCCGCCCCCUGGAAAUUGCCGCCCAAGGCAAAUGCCUUGUUUGCCUCGCAGCAAAUACGUCCCUGUCAACAUGAUACGUUGAGUGAUCAGUAGACCAUGGACAUCAAUUUUCUGUCUAUAAUGCUAUGUCACAUGUUUAGUUCUGGAGAACUAUUUCUAUUAACAACUACAAUUAUUUAUUUUGUUAUUCCAUGAUGAUACAUUGAUAUAUUUUUAAUGACACAUUUAAGCAACACUAACUCUUGAUUUGGUCGAAUUCCAGACAGAAUUAGUUACAAAAUUAAAGCAGCACUGUCAUGCCGAACUUACCUUAGUUUUCAUUAAAACAUAAGACAAAGUAGGGACUACUUUGUCUUAUGGAGGUUUCCUAUGCUUGCAAAGUGUGCUUUGUUUCCGGUGAUCAAAGCAAUUUUCUCACAAUUCUCAAAUUUCACUUAAACAGAACGCCAGAGAAACUACAGAAUUUCAUCCUAACAGAAUGAGAAUAGUUUGUUCAUCCAUGUUAGGAUGCAUUUCGUGACUUUGUUCGUAUCGGAAUUUCAUUCAUAUGAAUGAAACUCCAAUCCUAUGACUGGUCAUAGCUGGUCAGGCGUAGGAAACCUCCAUAAGACAAAGUAGUCACUACUUUGUCUUAUGUUUUAAAAAAAACUAGAGCAGAUAGGAAAAAAUGAAUAACAGAUCCUGACAGAGGGAGAGAAGAUGAAUCGAUUGGGAAAAGAUAAGUUCGGCAUGACAGUGCCGUUUUAAUUGGUAAUGUCUAGACAACAGGAGGCAUCUAAACGAAUAUAGUUCAGACAUUACCUCAGGGCAUGAAUUUUUACCUAGUACUACCUCAUCACAAAUAUUGUAUGGUAUCUCUUCAAGCAUCAUGAAGGUUACUAGGAAGGGCAAAAUAAUUGUAUGGGGAUGAUUGCAUAGAGUUUAGGAUGGGUGUCCUGCAUAAUCCUAAUGGAUCCCUUGGACCCAGAUGGAACUUUGAGAUCACAUCUAUGGCCACUUUAGCUUAGGCCAAUCUGACAACUGGUCUUUUGUUUUAAUUUACAUUUUUGUUUUCAGGGAGUACAAUGAAUCGGGAAUUCCCACAUUAUAUACCUUUGUAGGUGACAUGAGAGCAUAGGCCAGUGCCAGUUUUAGCCCUUCUUCUGACAGUAGAUCCGUGGAAGGGAAGGGUUUAAAUUUGGAAGAGAAAGGGAAUAUUGACACAGAGGUUUGAAGUAUGAGUUUGGGACAGCAGAGGGGCCAUGUCAGUUGAUAUCAGAAAAAAAGGGAAAUAGUUGAGGACAAUCAAGAGGGGGCUGAUUUCAAAGUGUAUGAGUACACGUCAACAAAGGGCACUUGUGUUGAAUUGACAGCAGUUUACAUUUGGACAGAAGAAGGAGAGUAUGAAGUGGAUGGAAAAGAAAUAAAUGAGACAAAGUGGGUGAUAUAAGCAGGAUAUAUUGUUUAGAUUUGUUUUUCAUGAGGACUUGUCAAAUACUUUUGUUUUUUUUAGUGUUAGAUGUCUAACUAGUUCUUUAAGAGUUAGGUGGUCUCUAGACCCAUGGAAGUAGCUUCUCUUUUAAGUUCAAGCAAGUAUUGUUUUAUAUUGCAGCUUUGCUUUUCUAAUAUAAGGGGUGUCAGUAUGGCUCUGUAUGUAGUUAUUAUUUCUUUGGAUGGAAUUGUAACCACGACUUGUUUGCUUAUUUACCACUAUAACGUCUUAAAGCAUAGAACUUAGUAGGGCUAACCAUACAGAUAUCUUAGCCAUAAUUUUAUAUAGUUAGUAAGAGAUCCUCUAUUUAACAUAUAUAAAUAAUUGAGAAUACAACAUAAAAUAAGCAUUGUCUUGGAAGCAAUAAAGUUUUGUCUUUUUGAUAUUUAUUAUAUAAAAAUAUAAAUAUAGACAUAUAAAAUCCAUUAUAGCAGAGUUUGUAAGAUUAAACGAAAUGCUUGCAAAUAUCAUUAAUAGAAACAUAGAAACAUAGAAUGUGACGGCAGAUAAGAACCAUUCGGCCCAUCUAGUCUGCCCAAUUUUCUAAAAACUUUCAUUAGUCCCUAGCCUUAUCUUAUAGUUAGGAUAGCCUUAUGCCUAUCCCAUGCAUGCUUAAACUCCUUUACUGUGUUAACCUCUACCACUUCAGCUGGAAGGCUAUUCCAUGCAUCCACUACCCUCUCAGUAAAGUAAUACUUCCUGAUAUUAUUUUUAAACCUUUGUCCCUCUAAUUUAAGACUAUGUCCUCUUGUUGUGGUAGUUUUUCUUCUUUUAAAUAUGUCAGCCUCUCUGUCAUUUUAAGAUGGAGCAGCGUCUGUCUCCAAGUCUCUCUUCUGUUUCUUAACAUUUAAAAGUACACCUAUUUAUACCUUAGGUGUCUCCAUUUUAGGGUCACCGUAGUUCAUAUAUGAAAAAGUAACACUUAUUUUACUUUAUUCAUUUUAGGACCUCCCUUAACUUGGCAAAAAUACAAGUCCAUAACUAAAAGGUGUAUACGUCAUGGAAAUUUUCCUGACUUAGUUCAAGAUGGCAUCUUAAAGUCUGAACAUCCUUAUCUACUUAGGGUUACCACAGUAUAUUGUGUACUGUAAGAGUCAUAGGAUAGCCUUGAAGCUUGUUUAUGCAUUAUUGUUAUUGUAAUUCGUCUGGGACAAAAUGGCGUAAACAUAAUAUGCACUGAGGUUAUUGCUUAAAGAAACAUCUAUGAAAAACAAUAUGUUCCAUUUCUAACACCUUGUCAAUUUGCAAUAUCUCUUAAAGACAAAGUACACAGUUUAAGAAAUACAGCAUUUCAUUCUAAAACUUGUAAUAUUUGCAUUUGCCCAUAACAGAAUUGUGGUGCAAGGAUAUUUUAUCCCUGAAUCCGUGGACGCCACUGUCCUAGACACUCAGAAUUAAGAUAGGAAGAAACAUUGAUUUAGCAGUAAAGACAUACAAAAUGGAUGCUUAUCUUUUAAUCCUAUAUAGAAGGUAUGUGGCUUCACAUAUUUAUUGGUGGAAUAUGGAGAUCAUUGUAUACAUUUGUUAUUGUUCUUUCCCCUGAUUCUAAUCAUCAGAAAGUUAUAAAAAGGAAAAAUGUUGAGAAUUAGACACAUUUUCUGAAAAUUUUACUUUAGUUGUUUGUGAGUAAUAAAUUGCUGGUUUAGGAGUUUCCCUUUUAAUCAGUUUCGUGGUGUAUGGCUCUACAACAGCUUCUGCUCCCUAAACUUAUGGUUGAAGUGUGAUACUUUGGUUAUAACUUUCGAACUUUCAUUUAGGCUACGGCUGAUUUUUACCAAUCUGCAUAAAAUUGUGACUUGGUUCACACAAUCUGGAUUUAGGCUUCAAUUUUAGAUAGUUACUGUCAACUUCAAAACAAGAUCCUCUCAUAAUGGUUAGAACUGAGCAGCUAUCUAUAAUCUUAACCUAUUCAUUGCUAAGUGCUGUUUAAUAUAUAUAUUUAAAUGUUUAAUAUUUAUAUGAAGGUUAAUAUGACUAGCUAGCACAUAAACAUAAUUGGUGGAUGGUUGUUUAGAUUGUUGCACAGGGAUGUCUAUGAUGUUUAAGUUAUGUAAAUUGGUUAAAUUUCAGUUUUAUUCUUUAUGUAUUUAUUAAUUUUAGAUUAUCAUAAUCUACCACUUUAUCAGCACAGUCUUUAUGAUCCCUAUCCCAGCAUACCCAUAUAAAGCAAGCCAUUAUUUAUAUUGGGGUAAAUUACAUAUAUUCAUGCAUUUUAAAAAUGGUCAAUCACACACACACUCCCAUAUAUACACACAGUUGGUUAUAUCACUUUUCCCUAUGCAUAUAUACAUACAUUUACACUUACAAACAUGCCUGGACUGUAUAUCGGCAAACUGGGCAUAUGCCUGGUGGACCACAAUGGCCAUGGGCCAUACGCUACCUGAGCACCUGUCCACAUAGGGAGCUCAGAUCCCUCAACGAUCUCCGUCACCGGUCAGCUCUCUAUAAUGCCAGCGGACCUAGGGAGCUUGUGGUCGAUGCAUUUAGCUGGUGCAGAUAGCAUAAACUGCUCCAAGGAGUGUUUCAGAGCAUUACCAUGGCAUACUUUCCCAAGAGCCUGCAGGACCAAGAUAGAUCAGGAUUUCCCCUAUCUGUCCUAAGGUAAUUCAGAGCAAGGGAGGAAUAAACUAGUUUAAUAAUUAUUAAAGGUAACAGUAGGUUUCUAGUGCUUAUUGUAGAAAAGGGCAGCUAGAGCAACCCAAACCAGAUUUGUUUUCUGGUCAUGGUACAACGGUAUACAGGAAGAGGGAAGUAGUGCCUUGCAAAGACCAUCCGGUACAGAUAUAUACAAUAUAAAAGAGGACAAAAGAGUGGAAUAUAGUCUUUUUUGAUGUGAACAAGAAAAAAGGAAAUACACUUGCAGUGUCCUGGAGCUAUGAUUUAGUUCCAGUUUAGUACGCCUAGUGAAUAGCGUGGAGUGGAAUUAUCCCUACUCCUGGAUUUACGUAAUAUUCACCAGUCUUGAAUAAAAUGAUAGCAGUCCUCACCGGCAUAGUAUAUGAUAUAAAACACAAAAUAAAAUAUAGGGCUCACUGUAUAUUAUUAUAAGUUAUAGAAUAAUGGGACAAAGUACAUAGCAAAUUGUGGUUUUGUUCAAUCCAUAAGGCGUAGAUGGUAUCUUCCCCACCAAGGAAACUGAUGUUCGGAUAGCAGGAUAAAACAGGAAGGUCCAAAAGUUGUAAAAAUAAAUGUUAACUUUAUUAUCCAUAGGCAUUGCUGGAUGUGGCUUUGGGGGCUGAAGCCCCAUUGGGCUUCUUUGUCUCAGAUCCACAGUUUCUGGAGGACGAUAGCAGUGUGAUUUUUUUUUGUUGUUGUAAAUUUUAUAUCAGGCAGGUGAUUCUUAAAACAGUUGCCUAUUAUAAAAAGAAAGAUCAGUAGUAUAAUGCUCCACCAGGGUACUUAGUGGUAGGAGAUGGUGUCCCCCAUGUUAUUGUUAUUAGGAGGUGUUGGAAAACAGAACUUUGCUGCGCACCCCUCUAUUAAAUAGGUAGAUUGGUGAUCAAUGUGCAUUAUGCUUGUUUCUGGCUAUAUUUUUAUCGAGAUGCUGGAGAGUAUCAUCAGCACGAUGUUCAUUGGUAUCAGGGGUGUACCUAGAGCAUUUGGCACCCAGGCGGAUCCUGUAUUUGCCCUCCCACCCCACGCACACACACACACCUGUACAAUGUAAAAAAACACCCACUUUUUUAUGUUUUCUAAUUUGUUUAUUUUUUUUUUGUUUGUUUUUUUAUUGUCUUCCGGUCUUCUACAAACUGCCUUCACCCUACAAAAAACCCUUGCCCAGUUCACCUUCUUUAAAACCCCUGCCCCCUAUACAAAAACCCAGCACCUGCACCUCUACAAAAAACCCUGCUCAGUCCCCCUUCUACAAAUCCCCGGCCAAGUGCCCCCUCUACAAAGCCCCUGCCCAGUCUCCCUUUUACAAAUCCCCUGCUCUCCUCUACAAAAGCCCUGCACCCCUCUACAAAAACCCUGCGUGCCUUGCUAAAAAAAGAACCUGCACCCCUCUACAAACCUCCUGCACCAUCCAUUCACAAAAAUCCCUGCCCUCCUCUCCAAGACCUCUGCCCCCCUACAAUCUCCCUGCACCCUCCAUUUACAAAAACCCCUUUCCCCUCUCUACAAAAAACAUGCACCCCUCUACAUACCUCCUGCACCCCUCAUUCACAAAAAUCCCUGCCCUCUUCUCCAUGACCCCUGCCCCCCCAUCAAUCCUCCUGCACCCCCAUUCACAAAAAAUCCUUCCCUCCUCUCCAAGACCCCUGCCCCCCCCUACAAACUCCUUGCAUUCAUGUAAUUUAGCAGGUGCUAACGAACUGUUUGGCAAUAUUUUCUUGCAAAGUAAGCAUUGUGCUUGAGGAAAAUUUUUAUUUCUGGCACUUGUGAAUCCAAAUUUUAAGUAGCUGUCAUGUCAUUAUAUUUUAUUUUCUUUGUUUGAGAAGAAGAUUGGGUAUCGUUGUGUGCUUUUCGUUUUUUCUUUGAUUUGUCACUUGUCUCUGCUAUUUGAGGAACAGUAGAUUCAAUUAUUUCGGACUUUUUUUCUUGAUUCCUUGUUGUAUCGUCUUUCUCAGUUUCUAUAAGUGUCGAACAGUUAGUAGUAAUAUGUUUUCUUUUGAUAGUUCCUUGUUUUAACCAGAUGUCCAAAUUCAUGGUUGUUGGUUGGUAAAAAAACAAAACAAAAAAAACACACUUCUCUAAUCUGAAAAAAUGCAGAUCUUACUACCUGACUGCAAUGGAUGCUAUUUUUUAAUAAUUUUUUUUAUUUUUAUUUUGGUAUAUCACUGAUUCAUACAGAUAGUAAGCAGACUACAUAUAUUUUUUAAAUAAAAUUAUUUGUAAAUAGGUUUAACAAAAAAAGUAUGAGAAGCCCAACUAAAAUAACUUGUUUUCUAAUGCAGACUUUUAUUACAUCACAAAAACCUAUCCACAGAUAUCACAAUGGACACUAAUCUAAAGGGCAGUAUCAGUCUAAAGGGCAGUAAAAUAUAUAAUUUUCUUAAUUUAUAUUGUUAUCUGAGUGCCUGAAUGCUUCCACUCUCUAUCAACGAGUGGAUAUGAAAUGGCUGACGAAGGGUGGGCUGACAGAGGGCAGGCUGGACAGGCUGAUAGAGGGCGGGCUGAAACGGGGCAGGCUGAAAGCAGGCAGGCAUGCAUAAGUAUGCGGCAAUCUCACGAUCUCUUAAUAAGAUCGAGCCCGCGCCAUCUUUGCUGUUUCCGACCUUCCAGGAACAGCAGGGAGCGGUGGCCAUCUUGGAUGUGGCAAUUCACUGCGGAGCCCCAGUUUUGUUCUCGCAGAACCCUAGGGUUCUGCGGAACACCGAUUGGGAAACGCUGGUAUAAAGGAAUGAGACAUGGCUUAAAAAGGUGGGAAGAUGUGAUGGUAAAUGCCUACCUCUUUGUUGGUGUAGUUGGUGUCGACUUUACCUUUGUGUUAAAGACACAGGUGUUUCUGUAAUCUAGAGAGUGAGUGAACUAUUUCAUUUGAUUUAGUUUUGAACCAGCAUGUGUAGUGAUGCCUGAUUUUAUAGGUCACAGUCUAUGUUGUAUUUAUGUUUUUCACUUCCAUCGUACGUUCCAACAUGUACGUUCCAACAAUUUCCCCAUCUCCCUUAUGUGUCUCUCUCCCAUCUCCCAGACUUAGCUGCUUGGGUCUUUGGUGGUUACACUUUUAUAAUUAAAAUUAUAAACAUUCAAUUUGGCAUUAAGUGAAUAAAUAGAAAAUAGACGAACAGUUAGAAGAUUAACUAGAUGGAUAUUAUAUGUAAAGAGAAAGCUGUGACUAUUAAACAACUUUCUAGCGUGUGUACUAAAUAAAUUGUGAUAAGAGCAAAAUACUAUAAAAAUCCUUAUUAAUUUAUUCAAAUCUAAAAUUUACUGCAUCAUCGACAUAUCUGAAGUAGGACUUUGGGAAGAGAGUCUGACCAGUGAUUAAAAGGAACAUGGUCAGUUUCUGAUCAUUAUUAUUAUUAUUAUCAUGUUAUUUAUAUAGCACCAUCAUAUUCCGCAGCGCUUUACAAUGGGUGGACGAACAGACAUGUAGUUGAAACCAGACAAGUUGGACACACAGGAACAGAGGGGUUGAGGGCCCUGCUCAAUGAGCUUACAUGUUAGAGUGACACAAAAAGGUAAGGAUAGUAUUAGACUAGUGACAGUUGCAGAAGAGGAAUCAGUCGGGAGCUAUUAACAGUUUAAUUGAUACGCUUUUAUGAAGAAGUGGGUUUUUAACGAUUUUCUGAAGGAGUGGAAACUGGGUGAGCAUCUAAUGGAGGAGGGAAGCGAGUUCCACAGGAAUGGUGCAGCCCUCGAGAAGUCUUGAAGGCGAGCAUCAGAGGUGGAAGUACGGACAGAAGAUAGACGUAAGUCUUCAGCAGGUCGUAAGGGCCUAGACGGGACAUAGUUGUGUAUUAGGGAGGAUAGAUAGGUGGGAGCAGCAUUAUGUAGAGAUUUGAAAGCAAGAACCAGAAUUUUAAAUUGAGCCCUAUAUCUUACAGGAAGCCAAUGUAGGGACUGACAGAAGUGUGAGGCAUGGGAGGUGCGAGCAGACAGGAAGAUGAGCCUCGCCGCCGCAUUCAUUAUGGACUGUAAUGGCCCAAGUUGGGAGCACGUAAGACCACUGAGAAGCAGAUUACUGUAGUCAAGACGAGAAAGGACAGUGGACUAAGGUGCAGUAAUUUUCUAAAAAUUACUAUGCCCAAGCUGGAAUUUUCCCGUGGUGCAACUUAGGCUAUAUGUAGAUGAGGCACAACAUUAAAUUUUGAUAUAUAAAACUUUAUAAAUUUGGGUUUAGUAACAUGUCAUACUAUGUUUUUGGAAGCAGCCAUUGUAAGAUUGAUAGACUUUGGUCAUAGGAAGGAUGCACAUGGUCAGUAUCACUGUUUAGGUGGGCUGUAGACAUUAAAACAAUGCUAAAUUUUAAAGAAAAUAUUCCUUACGCAAUUACACCACUACCAGCUAAAAGUACUGUCACAAAGCAGCGUGGAUUGUGUAUUCUGUAUGUGAUAUUUAUGCUAAAUUCGUGCAUGUCGCUGCAGAAGUUGAGCUUCAUCAGCCCAAUCUACAACGGUAGCCUCAGUUUCCUGUUUAUAGCUAACAGGAGUGCAGCCUCGCAACCCUUCUGUAGCAGCUAUUCCAUUUCAAGGUUCAACAUGUCAGUCAUGUUUUUCUGUAUAGAACUCUUGUAAUGCUUGUUAUUUAAUUUAUUGUAAUUUUUUUUAACCUGAAAGCAGACCUCUGAACUCACUCAUUAAUCCGUUCUAGACAAAGGACAUAACAGCAUAUCAUGGGUUAACAGGCAGUAAUAACCUAUAAUGUGUCAACGCAUCUCCACCAGAAACAAUCCCAGGGAUUGAUACUUGGUGUUUUUGCCACUGCUGGGCUACCUUGGGUGUGAGACAGACCAAUAAAAACAAAAUUGUACAUAAACAUUGUCUCUCAUGACUGUAAUAACAAGAUCAGUGAUUAGAGUAUUAUUAUUACUGGCAUUUAUAAAACGCCAACAAAUUCUGCAGUGCUGCACAAUCAGGGGAAAAAACAGUAUAAUAUACACAAAGCAAUACGAAAGGUAAAGAGGACCUUGCCCGUGAGGUGACAUCUAGCAAUUAAAGCUCUUUAAAACAAAGCUUAGCUUACAUACUAAAGAUUAUAGACAAGAGACACAAGGAUUUCGAAGAUGGUAGAUGAUGACCAGAGAGAAUGAGAGGAAAUCUGCAAACAGCGUUAAGAUGUUCAUAGAAUGAGGAUGUAGUUGAGCAAGAUAUCAAGAAGCUGGAGAAGCAUGCUACGAAGUAUACCUGGAGGCAGAGUGCGCAAAACAAGCAGAGUGUGGGCAGGAGGGGCUAGGGGGGCAAGUGAGAAAGUGCUUAGUUAAAUAAGAGUUUCAAAGUCCUACCAUCUACCAAACCUGUUGUAUGGUUUGGUAGAUGGUAGAACUUUAAACAGGCACUGUAAAGUUAAUUAAAGUAAUACUUGCACCAUCUCAGCUUCCCGAUGUAUUCUCUUUCCCCUGCCUCUUUGCAGUAAAGAGCUUCUGCCAUUCUAAUACUAACAUACCCACUCAACCUGCACUCACUCAUACACUAAUAUACUCUAAAAUGCAACCACUCAAACACACUAACAUGCACUCACUCAUACACACUCAUGUGCACUCAAUCAUACACACUAAUGUGCACUUAAUCAUACACACUAAAGUGCACUCAAUAAUACAGUCUAAUUUGCACCAACUCACACAAUAACAUGCAUUCACUCAUACACACUAACACGCACUCAUUUAUACAGUCUAACAUGCACCCACUUAGACACACUAAUGAGUACUCACUCAUACACUCUAACAUGCACCCACUCAAGCACAAUAACAUGCACUCAUUUAUACAUACUAACAAGGAUUCAUUCAUACACACUAACAUGCACUCACUCAUACACACUAACAUGCUCCCACUCAAAUACUUUUACAUGCAUUCACUCAUUCACACUAACAAGCUCUCACUUAUACACUGUAACUUGCACUCACUUAUACACUGUAACUUGCACUCACUUAUACACUCUUACAUGCACUCACUCAUAUACACGAACAUUCAUUCACACGUCCACGUUUAUUGGGUAGCUAAUAAGUUAGUUAAUUCUUGUUUAUUAGGUGAAAUUUGGGGGUAGGCUUAGGUGUUAAUUGGUGGUGUUCUGUAGCUCAGGUACAUUUCUUUGUUUUCUUUUUUUUUUUACUUUUUUACAUUUUAGCAAAGCUAAACAAAACUUGCUGUACUUAUGUAUGGUCCCACAAGAAACCACAAAUUGUAUGCAUAUAACGUGUUGGUAUAAAAGAGAGAAAGGGGGAAAUUGUGGUUGAACAAGCCCAUAGCAAAACCUUUGUGCAUCACCAAAUAAAAAUCCUAAAGGACUUAACAAAAUGGUUUUCACCAACGCAACUGUAACUCACUUUGUGUUUUUUGUUGUUCACACUAUUUUCUGUAAAAUUCCAGGUGAUCUGUGAUUUCUAAAAGUCAGACAUCCAUGUGUGGCACCAAAAAUCAUGCCAUGGUAAAAUUACCUUAGUCCACAUUUUCUUUCCAUUCAUAACUUCGAAAAUAACUGAGCACCUUAAAGCGAUACUGUGGCAAAACCAACCUCGCCACUGGGCAUUGGAGAAGCCUGUUUGCCCGCCUCCUGCCUGCUGUCUAUGGCCCCUGGGAGAUUUGGCCCUUUUAAUACAGUAUUUGGGCAUAUUGUAUUUUAUUAUGCUGCUCCUGGCCCUUUAAGAACCAUCUGGGGACAUACUGUGACUUUUGGGAACAAUGCCCCUUUAAGACUAUGGCCCUUGGAAGAUAUUGCCUGUUAAAGACUAUUUUAGCAGACUGGAUUUUAAAAGACUUGCUGCCCCUUUAAAUUGUAUUGGAGCAGUUCUGCAGCUUUAAAUUGGCACGUCGGAUGCAGCCAAAGUAGCCGCCAUUCAACAAACGAACACAUGGCGGCGGCCAUCUUUAAUUCAGCUGAAGUUUUACCUUCUCCAGACUUCAAUGCAUUCGACAGUUCAUUCGACAGUUCGACAAUUCGAAUGGUUGUCGUUCGUCUGUUUGAACUGACUUUAACAUGGGAAAUAGACCGACCGCACAGCCUGAUUCUCUGGAACUGUUUUGGGCAUGAAAAUGUGCUCAACAGCUGAACGGAUUCGAAUGAUUUUUGGCUAUGUUUAUAUUUAAAGUGUGCUUAACCCCUUAAGGACGGAGCCAAAUGUACACGUUGUGAACGAAACAAAAUGUAAACAAAACCUGGCAUUUGCGCUACAUGUCUGUCCAACCGUAAUACACCUCUUUCAUAGUAAAUGCACCCACCCUUAUUAUAUAUCAUUUUAUUCAGGGGAAACAGGGCUUUCAUUUAAUAUCAAAUAUCUAGCUAUGGAACAUAAUUUAAUAUGAAAAAAUGGGAUAAAAUAAUAAUUUUGUAAUUUUCUUUAGUUCUACAUGACAUUUUAACUGUCAAUGUCAUAAUACUGUUUGCUUUUACUGCAAUAAAAUACACAUAUUUGUAUUCAGCAAAGUCUCACGUGUAAAACAGUACCCCCUAUGUACAGGUUUUAUGGCGUUUUGGGAAGUUACAGGGUCAAAUAUAGCACGUUACAUUUGAAAUUGAAAUUCGCCAGAUUGGUUACGUUGCCUUUGGGACUUUAUAGUAGCCAGGAAUUAAAUUUACACCCAUAAUGGCAUACCAUUUGCAAUAGUAGACAACCCAAGGUAUUGCAAAUGGGGUAUGUCCAGUCUUUUUUAGUAGCCAUUUGGUCACAAACACUGGCCAAAGUUAGCGUUAGUAUUUGUUUGUGUGAAAAAUGCAAACAAACGCCAAUUUUGGCCAGUGUUUGUGACUAAAAAUUUGAAAAAAAUGAAACGCAAGCCUUUAUUUGACGCUGUAACUUUUCAAAACACCAUAAAACCUGUACAUGAGGGGUACUGUUGUACUCGGGAGACUUCGCUGAACACAAAUAUGUGUGUUUCAACACAGUAAAAAGUAUCACAGCAAUAAUAUCGUCCGUGUAAGUGCUGUUUGUGCAUGAAAAAUGCAAAAAACGUCACUUUUACUGGCGAUAUCAUCGUUGUAAUACAUUUUACUGUUUUGAAACACUAAUAUUUGUGUUCAGCGAAGUCACCCGAGUAGAACUGUACCCCCCAUGUACAGGUUUUAUGGUGUCUUGGAAAGUUAUAGGGUUAAAUAUAGUGCUAGCCAAUUAAAUUCCCUUUACUUUCGGCAUUGGGUUGUCAGGCAGGUCCCUCUAAUUGUAAUUAAUUAAGAUACCUAAUAAUGUAAAAAUAUUACAUAAAUAUAUAUGUAGAAUUAAUAUAUGUAUAUAUAUGUAUACGUAUGUGAAUCUAUAUGUGUAUAUCUAUAUAAUUUUUUAAAAAUAUUUUUAUAUAGGUAUAUAUAUAGUGAUAUAUACGUAUAUAUUUAAGUAUGUAGAUAUAUAUAUUAUUUCGUUCUACGUGUAUUUUGAUAUAAAUAUAUAUAUAUAUUAAUAUCACAAUACAGUUAGAACGAAAUAACACACAUCUAUAUAUUUUUAAAAAAAAAUUUAAAUUAUUUUUUUAAUUUUAUUUUUUAAUGUAUUUACAUAUUUAAUUUUUUAUAUUAUAUAUAAAUAUAUAUAACAAUAAUUAUAUAUAUAUUUAAUCAGUAUCAGUCUACGUGUAAUUUGAUAUUAAUAUAUAUAUAUAUAAUUAUAUAUAUAUAUAUUAAUAGUAAAAUACACCUAGACGGUGUACGUGUGUGUAUGUAUAUGUGUGUAUAUAUACUUAGAUCAUAUAUAUAUAUAUAUAUAUAUGAUCUAACUAUAUAUAUAUUUUUUACACUAAUACAUUUUAUUUUAAUUUUAUUUUCAGCCAGCAGGGGGACCACCUGUCAUUACAGGCAGCCCCCCUGCUGGCAAUGCAGGAGGCAGCCUACCCGGCCAUGUGAUUGUGGGGUCCUCGCAAGGACCCCACUCUCACAUGGCCAGGGGGCACCGGAGGAGGAGGAUCUACCGUGGGGGGGCUCCCUGGGAGUCCCCCCCCACCGCGAUCGCCGGCGGUCCAGGCAAAAACCGGAGGGCGUACAAUUACGCCCGGCGGCGUUUAGAGCCGCCUAAAAUAGGGCGUAAUUGUACGUCCUCCGGUCAGAAGGGGUUAAUAAUAUGUAAUAAUUGGAUGUAUAUUUUUAAAGUUAUAGUACAUGUAUAAAAACUGUAUUUUUUCCGGUUGUGAUAAUUAUGUUAACCCAUUGUGUACCAUAAUUAGAUCACAGGCAGAGGGGAGGAUUUUGUGUAUAAUUGCUGGGAGUGUUUUCUGUAAUGUACGUGUGUUAUUGGUUGUUCUGUAAAACCCUGUGGGCAGUACUAAGUUUGUGGAUUGGGAAUAAAAGAGGCUGUAUGUGCCAGUACAGUCAGUUCUGCUUGACCUCAAAACGAAGUGUCGUCUCGUUAUUGGGGGAAUUGGAUUGUAUGCUGAUUGCCAGGAGUGUAAGCUGAUUGUAUGGUUUUCCUGUUCAGCUGCUUACAGCAUUCAUACAGCUUCACCGGUUCGGUGGUUGUGGUGUCUGCUGUGCUUGAAGUCCUCAGGAAGCGCUAGGAGCAUUCUUCAACGGAGGUACCCAGUCGUGGUGCCAGGUGAUCCGUUACAGAUACUACAGGCAUCAAAACAACUUUAGCUUCAUGAAGCAGUUAUGGUGUAUAGAUCAUGCCCCUCCAGUCUCACUGCUCAAUUCUCUGCCAAUUAGGCAUUGAAUCACAUUGGCUUCUGUUUAUGCAGCCCUACCCACACCUCCCUCUGCUGUGAGUGACACAGCCUGCAUGGUUUAAUUUUCAAUCAAAUGUUAGCUUACUUUAAAAGGUUGUAUCUCCUCCUCUGUAAAUUGAAAUUUAAUCACACACAGGAGGUUCUUGUAGACUGUAGAUAUUAACAGAGCAGGAGAUAAGAAAUGCUAAAUUAAACAGAAUGUGCAAUAAAGGAAGUCAAAACAUUACGUGUCUCUUUACAGGAAGUGUAUAGGAAGGCUCCAGGUGGGCUGGUGCACCUGGGGCUGACAGUGCAGCACAAAAUAUUUUUUCCUUCUCUGAAUUUUUGUUUGGACUGGGGAAGAAAGUUACCUGGAUAGCCGCAAUGAUGCUGUCAGUUUCCAAGUGGCAGCUGAUUUGCAGGGAGGAGUGAGAGCAUAGAUAGUCUGUCUCACGAAAGCAUAUUUGCAGUUUUCAGCUCUGCAGGGUCAGUCUGGCAGGAACCCCUGCACUGUAGCUCUGCCCCCCAGCUGCAACCUGGUGACCUUUCACAUAGGGAGAGGAAGAACUUCAUGAAGAUGCUUCAUAUUGCACUGGUAGUCCCCACUGCCGGUUACAGGUACUCAGCAGCCCAUGGCUGAUAGUGCGUGUGAGUGUGUGUAUUUGUGUUAGUUAGCUUGUGUGUAUUUGUGUCAGUGAGUUUGUGUGUAUUUGUACCAUUGAGCAUGCUUGUAGUGAGCUUGUGUGUGUGUCAGUGAGCUUGUCUGUCGUGAGCUUGUGUGUAUUUGUGUCAGUGAGCAUGUCUGUAAUGUGCUUUUGUGUGUCAGUGAGUUUGUCUGUAGUGAGUAUGUGUGUGUCUGUCAGCUUGCCUGUAAUGAGCUUGUGUGGCUCAGAGAGAUUCUGUGUGUUUCAGUGAGCUUGUGUGGCUCAGAGAAAUUUUGUGUAUGUCAGUGAGCCUGAGUGUGUCAGUGAGCUUGUCUGCAAUUGUAAUUAUUGCAGUUUCUGAUUAAACUGCAGUAAUUAAAUUGCAGUAAUCCUUACCUAUGGGGAGGGCCUCGCAUGCGCAUUAGUGUCUUAUAACAUCGGAGGAGGUGGAGUGCCAACCCAGCGCCAAGGGCGCUGAAAUCAGGUAAGUACACAACGAAUUAGAGGGCCAGAAUAUUUUUUUCCAGGGCUGAUUUUUGUUCCCAGUCCGGCCCUGGAAGGCUCUGCAAGUCACAUGCAGGGAGGUGUGACUAGGGCUGUAUAAACAAAGUGAUUUAACUUCUAAAUGUCAGAUAAUUGAGCAGUGAGACACCAGGGGCAUAAUCUAUACACCAAACUGUUUUAUUAAGCUAAAGUUGUGUGGUGUCUAAAGUGUCACUUCAGCCAUGUCUGUAUAUAUUUAUGUAUUGAAUUGUUGCCAUGUAAUUGGCUAAUAAGCGAUUUGAUUUGAUAUCUAAUGAUGUGCUCGCAUUACACUUUUUGGUGUCCCUAAAAGUGACAAAAAUAACUUCAACUGUAUGAAUACUUGUUGAAUGCUCAAAUAUUUACAUCACUUCGGUGUUUUUUGUUGAUUUAUGUAUAUAACAUUUCAUUUUUAUCAUCCGUAUUCAGUGUGAAAAUUCAUAAGAUUUUGCAUAUUUAUGGUGGGUUACAGUCAGUAAAAUAGAUAAUUAGACUUAUAGAAUCUGAUACAAAAGAAAUAGAAUGCUACUAUUGGGCAUAAAUUUAACAUAAGUAAAACUUUUUUAUAAUAUGAGUUUACGAUCGAAAAGGAGAUAAUUGAGACAACUGAUCAUUUAAAUUUGAUGGUUAGAGAAUAUUAGUAUAGAAAAUCCUACUGUAAUGAAAACCGAAAUGCAAAUUUAAGGCUGUAGGUUUGACUAUAACAAAGUUAGAAUUUUUCCAAAUUAGUAAUUUUGGUCCAAGUUUUUGAAUCUACAAUGUGCUGCUUAUUGAAUAAAGCUUACAGUGUGAGAUAAUUAGAAGUAAUUACAGGUUACUUGAGACAGAUGGAAAUUCAAUUUGUAAGUGAAGGAAAGGCAUUCAGGGUUAUUCACAAAGAUGAGAAUUGCUGCGAAUUCAAAUUCUUGCUUUUCUUGAAUGCAACUCUGGGAAGACCGUUUCAUUUAGAUAUUAUCUCAUAAUACAAGUUGACCAUUAGUCAGUAUGUCUUGGUAAAUACAAUGUUUCAUUUUGUUUUUGUUCUAGUUUUUGUUAUUAAUUCCUUUUUUGUUAGCGGGCAGGCAUGGCACACAGAUUGCAAUGUUGCUAAAAUUAUGUGGGUGGGGAAUGGUUGUUUCACUUGGUGGUGGGGGUAUGAGAGUAUUUUCCGUUCUCUAGCCCCAGUGAAUACUAUAGAGCCACAUAACAAUGUAUUAAAGCUUACUUACCUUCAUUUAUCAUGGUUACAACAGUGUUAUCUUUAAACUUUAAAAGCUUAAAUUCAUCCCAUAAAGGUGGAAGGACCCUGGCAGAGGCAAAUUAAGCCAGAAGCGAUAUCCUGCUCUUUCAGGUAACCCACUUUGCAUGGGGCAAACAACUGAAAUUCUCCUCAUAGUUUUACCUUGUUGGAUAUCCUUCAUGCCAUAAAACCAAUAAAUAAGAGUGAGAACCAUGAUUGGUUUAUCAGUAACUUUUGCCCUACAAAAGAAAAUUGCUGAUAGAAAUGUGAAAUACCUACUUCUCAAGUGCACCCUCAAUAUUAGACCAUUCACUAUUGUUAAUGUCUAUGGCCUAGUGAUGACUCCGUUACAUUUUGGUCUAACCUCUUGAGUUAAAUCAUGGAAUAUUUUUAUGGAGAUUUGGUUAUGGGUGGAGACUGCAGUUUUAUCCUUGACCCCAAAUUUGACACAACACAGGAUGGGCGAUCAUUCACUUCCAUUAGGGAUGCUAAGUUUAAAAAGAUUGGGGAACUGUUCUUAUGUUACAGAUUACAUGAUAUGUGGGGGGGACACUAUAUCGUAGAAAGAGAAUUUUCUUUGCAUUACCAGGUGCACAGCUCAUAUACCAGGUUUUUUUUGUACCUCCUAGGGUGCUAAAGAAUGUCAGCACCUCCUUUUAGGACAUAUAUCACAUGGUCAGAUCAUGCCCCCAUUCUCCUAAAAUUGAGUGACAGUUUCUCUUGCUGGGGAACGCCACAUGGAGACUAAACAAGAGUUUAUUAGCUAAUUCCAAGGUUCUAAAGGAUGGACACAAAGAGUUGAGGGAUUAUUUCCAAUCAAACAAUAGGUUGGAUACACACAUUAACACAUGCCCUACACAACAUGCCCACAGCCCUAAGGCUGUUAUCAGAGGUAUAUUCCCUAAAGAUGCCUCCUAUCUCAGAAAAAUCUCUCUUAAAAAGUGGAAACUCCUAAAAGAUCAGCUUAACCAGAACCAGACUUCUCGAUCCCCUGCCUUCCUAGCAGCAGUACACAAAAUCCAGAAUUAAAUACCCACUAUGCCCAGCAGACAGGAUAUAUUCUUAGGUGUUUGAAGUGUUGAUAUUACACCCAGGGCAAUAGGGCUGAAGCAUUACUAUCUAGACAGUUGAAAAAGAAACAAGGUGCCUCAAAAAUAUUCUACCUAGUGGACCAGCAUGGGUAAAGAAGUUAUGACCCCACUCAUAUCGCAUCCGCCUUCGCCAAGUUCUACAUUUUACUUUAUACAACAGCAACACUAUCCAACUGGGGAAAUUGCCAAGUUCUCUCUGAAUAUCCCAAAGCAACAUUUACAAAUACUUAGAAAACCAGAGGCUUAGGAGGUAUUUGACACUAUAGCACCAUUAAAAAGCCCUGGGCCCAGACGGUGGCAUGUUGGCAGGUAUUGUUCUCUCUAUUAUUCACUCUGAUCAAAUAGGGUUUGUUAAAACUAGGCAAGACUCCAAAAUUUACCAGCAACAUGUUUUGCACAUUCACCUUUUGAGCUAAACCUUUGUAACAUUAGAGACGCAAAUGUGUAGAGAUAACGCAUGUUUCUGGAUGACUCACUUUAUGUGCUUAUUGAUCAUACCUCUUAGUUUGUAUCGCAUGUCUGCCAGUAAUUAACGCAAUCUUUGUGUCUGUAUAUAUCUCUUGUAUUACAAAACCAAUAAAAUACGUGUUUUAAAAAAAGAUUUGCAGGUAGCUAUAUGUGAGGACUCUGUAUUUGGUGUGGAUGCUAGAUAUUGGUUUAAACUGCACUUAUGCUGCAUGCAAUUCCGGGUGUGAGUAGACGACAUUGCACAAAUCAAGUUGCGGGAGCUCAGUAUUAUGUGAAGCUAGGUGUAAGUGAAUAGCACUGUGUGAUGACAGACAUAUGUGUUCAACAAUUGUGUAACUGGCUGUGGGUGCUCAGAAUUUUAUGAAGUUAGGUGUUAGUGGGCAUUAAGGUUGGAAGCUGGAAGUAAAUGAGCAGCAUUGUGUGAAGCUAAAUGUUAGUACUCGGCAUGUCACCAUAAGAUGAGAGAAACAGGAAGCCAUCUUGGACGUAACACAGAGAGAACAAAGCAGCAGCAACUCCCCCUGCAAAAUGUAAGUGUACAGUAUUAUGUUUUUCUCUCUCCCAAUAACCUUAGUGACUGCUUGAUGGCUGAUUAAGCAAGCAAAUAUAGGGAAUAUAUAUAUAUAUAUAUAUAUAUCUUUAGAUUGUAAGCUCAUGGGCAGAGCCCAAUACAUGUUGUAUCUGUCUGUUUUUAUUGUGUUGUCUUUCCCAUUUAUACAGUGCUGCAGAAUAUGUUGACACUUUAUAAAUGCCAGUAAUAAAUAAAUUAGGAGACAGGCCGGUACAUCAUGAGACGUGGGGGAGGCCGUAGGAGGGCAACAACCCAGCAGCAGGACCGCUACCUCUGCCUUUGUGCAAGGAGGAACGGGAGGAGCACUGCCAGAGCCCUGCAAAAUGACCUCCAGCAGACCACAAAUGUGCAUGUGUCUGCUCAAACUGUCAGAAACAGACUCCAUGAGGGUGGUAUGAGGGCCCAACGUCCACAGGUGGGGGUUGUGCUUACAGCCCAGCACCGUGCAGGACGUUUGGCAUUUGCCAGAGAACACCAACUUCGCCACUGGCACCCUGUGCUCUUCACAGAUGAAAGCAGGUUCACACUGAGCACAUGUGACAGACGAGACAGAGUCUGGAGACGCAGUGGAGAACGUUCUGCUGCCUGCAACAUCCUCCAGCAUGACCGGUUUGGCAGUGGGUCAGUAAUGGUGUGGGGUGGCAUUUCUUUGGGGGACCGCAUAGCCCUCCAUGUGCUCGCCAGAGGUAGCCUGACUGCCAUUAGGUACCGAGAAGAGAUCCUCAGACCCCUUGUGAGACCAUAUGCUGGUGCGGUUUCCAUUGUGGUUUUGCACUGGAUACUUUGUAUUCCACGUUCGUAUGAGAUGUUGGGGUAGUCCUCAUUUGGGAAACCGAACUAAGUGAGUUCAAAUGAGCAAAUGAACAGGUAAAAAAAUUAAUAUUACCGAACCAAGUGAUGGGGCAUUCCUUCACACCCACUAUCUUCUUUAAAAUUCUCAGUCAUUCUCCAGUUGAGACCUGAGACACUUAUGCUGUGGCUAAUUGAAAAGUUGUAGUGCAUCAAACUGGAGGACUGGGGCUGUGACUUUGAGUACUGAUCUGAUUCUGAUUUCAAUCUGUUUUCAUCUGUAAUGAUUGUUGAUUCUGUUAACCAUGUCAGCUACUUUUGGCUCCAUAUUACUACUGCAGAGCAAUUAUAUUGCCAGCUGCAAUGGUAAUGAGUCUAUUAGUAUCCUGUUGCUCUACCGUGUGUACACGGUGUCCUGAUAGCUAAUAGUGAGUCAGGGAUAGCUGCAAUGGUUGGAGUCCAUGAGUAUUUUGAUGCUUUAAUCAUGUACACAAUGUGUGCUGAUAGCUAUUGUAGUAGACUUACAUGUUUCAAAACAGCCGAAAUAUUUAAGAUACAAUUCUCGUAGCAGGAGCCCUACUGAACAUGAGAUCAUGUAAGGAAGAACUAAGAGAAGGCUCGGAAACUAGAGAAAGCGUUGAAGCAUUAUACAAAGAUAUAUACUGUGUGGGUAUCUCUGUAUUGCAGCUGUGUGUAAUCAUCACAAUGAUCCUGGCUGUGUGGUUUACUUUUGUUAUCUCCCUAUUGUGCCCAGCUCCAUGUUAUUUCUCUGUAUUUUAUUCAGCUUCAUCUGUUGUAUGAGCCUCGAUAUAGUCUACCAAGCUCUGUGUAUUGUACAGAUAUUUUUGUAUUGUGCCCAGCUCUGUGUAUAUCUCUAUUUUUUUCUCAGCUCUGUUUGUGGUAUGGUUAUAUCUGCAUUGUACUCAGCUCUAUGUAUUUUAUAGAUAUAUUUAUCUUGUGCCCAAUUUGUUUUAUUGUGUGAGCAUCUCUGUAUUAUCUCUGUACUGUAUUGGUAGGCGUCAAAUUCUGGCGCAGGAAUCUUGUGCCCCAUCAUCUUAACAUUUCACCAGCUGCCACUGGUGAGUGGAUCCUAUUGUCAGGAGCUAGAUGUGAGUGCUCUGCAUUGUGUGAGUGAUUACAUUUAUGAAGUUUUUCAGCAUUGUGGGAAGAUCAGCAUAAGUGGAAAGCUUUGUGUAAAAUGGAUGUGCAUGCACACCAUUAUAAGAAGCUAUAUGUGAGUGCUCUGCAUUGUGUGCAGGUGAGCAUGCAUGCGGUGUAUUGUGUAAAGCUGUAAUGAUUAGAUUGAUGUAAAGCUAUUGUAGAUAGCAUAGUGUGAAAUAUAAGUGGGCAGCAUAGUGUGAAAUAUAAGUGGGCAGCAUAGUGUGAACUGUUUUGCCACAUAACCAAGUAUAAUAAUUGGGGGAACGAGCCACCAACUCAGAUUAACUCAGAUGAACCCAAUUCAGUUUGAUGAGUUACAUCCCUACAUCUGGAUCAAGACCUCAAUAUAAAAAUAAAUGUUUACCUUAUUUUUUUGUGAAGUACCCUUCUCCAGUUUACAAAAUCUCUUUGGUUGUUGGAUUAUCAUCAUUCACUAGUUUUGUGACUCAGCAUCUGCCGUAAUCAAUACAUUUUGUUAGGUCUCCAAAAGGUGAGAGUGAAAAUUUAACAACUGCUUUCUUGGCAAAUGAUGCAGGUUUGUGGGAAAUAAUGUUUUUAAUAACAGUGUUUUUGAAGUGUGUUUCGUAAAUGUAAGUAAUGUAGCAGCCCCCAUAACACCUCUGGUGAGUAGCGACUAAUUUAAAGGAAAUGAUGAGUUCAGGAAAUUAUUGUCAAUCAUAAGUAGACCACCAGAUUAUUUUUGGCACUUUCCAAAAUCAGUGAUUUGGUGUAAAACCACAAUGUUUUAAAAUGUUUGGUUCAAACUACUAGAAAAUGUAAAAUUUCCAGAUCAAGAAUGCUGAUGGCAGGAAAAUUCUGGAAUGUUUGAAUACAUCCACGUGUUUAUGUAAGAAACAAUAUCGACAACUUUGUCCCCCAAACAUACUUAAAUUGUGAAUGGGUUUUCUCUCAUUUUGACAGACGGUUUACUCAGAUCUGCCAUUUAGUCACUGAUCCACUGAUCCAGUGAUCCAGAGCUAAACAUACUUUGCCUUUACUAAGAGUGAUUUGAUUUAUUAUCUCUUUAACUAGUAAUAUUUUUGAAGAACCUACACCGUGCUGGCCCUAUGGAAUUUAACAUAACAACCUUUUUUCAAGUUUUAUAUACUGGUUUUCUUUUUUCUUACAGCCACAAAGAAGCCUUUGCCUCCCACGCCAGAUGACAACAGGGUAAGUUUAUUCAUAAGUAUAGGACCACAUAAAAUAUAUGGUGUCAGGUUUUUGUUGACAAAAUCAUAAUUAUAAAAGUAAUGGAUUAGGUGUCCUGGGAUCGAUCUAUCUAUCUAUCUAGCUAUCUAUCUAGCGAUCUCUUUCUAUCUUUAUGAAAAGUUUCCCCAUGAUUUUUAAUAUUAUAGUAAUAAUAUAGAAUAGUACACUCAGGGUCAGACUGGGAAUAACACAGCCCUAUUUAAAAAUAUAUACCAUCCCUUUAAUUAGUAUAAUACAUUAUAACGCAUAGAUAUAUAGGUGGAAAGGCAUGGAAAAAUUGAAAAUAAUUUCUCCAACAUGGAACACCCGUAUAGAACUUAAGCAAAAGCUGCUUUCUUUUAAGCAGAAUUGCACAAGUACACAGUCAAUGUUUCAGCCCCAUUACUUUGACGUAAACAAAAAGUCUGCUAUAGGAAAUAUUACCAUUGCACCAGUGCAUAAAAUAAAGUUCUAUGAAUGUACUCCUUGACAUAUAUAUUACUGAGCCAGGCAAUAAGAUUGGGAGAAUGCGUGUGAAAUCUUUGUUACAUAUGUGUUAUGUGUUAAUGUAAUAUAUGAUUGUUUUGUGCAUAUUGAUGUAUUUUAACAUAUGUGUAUUACAUUAAAGAAGCACCCUAAAUAUCAAAAGUACUGUAGCCCACUGUAGUGAUUAUGGUGGCAUUCUAUCACUGUCUCAUAGUAAGAUGAUGAAUGACCUGAAAACAUGCACUAAUAUUAAUUUUAGUCUGCGUUUCAGAGAGUAUUGGUGACCACAGCACUUCUGCAGGUUGUUGAUUUUUGUGUGAGAACUCUGCGGUUGAAAUGCAAUAUAGAAAAAAGAGAGUGAGGGAGAUGUACAACGUUAAGGACAGAAAAAGGACAGAAAAAGGACAUAACUAUGAAUUUAAUGGUUUGAUUUACCUUAAUGUAAAACGCUGCAGCAUUAUAGUGCUGUUUAUAAUGACAAACUUCAGUACAGUACCACGUACACUGCUGCUGUACCUGUUACUGUAAUAAGCCGGGGUAAAGCUGUACUCUAUGAUGUAGGGUUAGGUGUAUUAUAGGUUUGCUUUUGGGGUCUUAUGCUGAAAAUUGUGAACCUCUUAAUCCUCAGAUUCCUCAACCCCUUAAUCUAACCUACCCUUAACUGUACAUAACAUUUGCCUGUAGCAGUAGUAUUAUUAAUGUCCCAUUUGAUAGGUGGUGUUGUAAUCCCAUUGCAUUAUUGGAACAUUACACCAUAACUAAAUUGCAAUACAUCAGUAUUAUGAUCUCACCAUUUAGACAAUAACACUUUUUUGCAUAUAUGAUGACUUUUCUUUAACAAGUUUUUAUAAUCAAAAGUUCUAGGACCUAAAUUGAGAGAAUACGAUGGAACAAAACUGUCUCUCGGCUUUAGUAAAGUGAGCACACUCCAAUUUCAUAAGUGCUCUUAGAUUUUUAUUAUGUCUCAUUAAAAGAAUGUACAAAAUAUUGAAUGAAAAAAAAACUAUCAAUGUUACAGUAGCUAUAGUACAAAACACAGAACCUAGAAUGGCGGACUUGUAUAUCUAGGUAGUUUAUGCAAUUUCUUUUUUUUUUGUGAAGUAGGAGCUACUGUGGACAUGUUUUUUUUUAUUAUUAUUAUUUGUAAAGAGUCUAUGGGUUAGUUUCACCAAACUAAGACCUUGAUUUAAAAAGUUGGUCAAAUUAUUAAAUAUUGUUAGAAAAUCUUUUGAAAUUAUAGAGCUAAAAAAAUUGCCAUAGCCUUUAAUUGUGAUGUCUGUAGAUAAAAAAAAAUUGUAAAGUUUUCCUAACAGUAUUGAAUCAUUUGCAAAGAUUAUUACAAUGAGGCCUAAAUUGGUUCCUAAUCUGCCACAGCCAACUGUUUAGUGAAUAUAUCCCUCUAUACCAGUAUUAAUACUUGUGCUUCUUCUGCAGCUUAAUUUUUUUUCCUUAUUUCUUUAAAACCACACAAUUGUUCCUUCCUGUCAUAGGUUUAACACUCUACACCAAAAUAUGUUAUCGUACUAAUCUGUUUCCUGUCUCUCAAAUUAAACAGCUGCAGACAAGCUGGGUACUAGCGUUAUAUGACUACAGAGCGCAUACUUCUCAAGAGCUGGCUCUUUGCAGAGGGGAGGAGUAUCUGCCGUUGGACAAGUCUGAACCCCAUUGGUGGAAAGUAAAAGAUAAGAAUGGGUACAUAUUAUAUGCAGUGUGUUACCAUCUAAUAUUGUACAAAAUGCUUUGGGUAGCAACUGGAUAUAUUUUUUUUUUUUUUAAACACACCUUUGGGGAAAGUAUAUUUGUAACCAACCCCAACCCCAUAUAUUUAAAAACAGUAAAAUCUACAAUGAUGAGUUAAACAGUUUUGAGGGACAUGGCAUGUCUGCACUCCCUGAAUAUGAAUACAGGAAGAUGGAGGGACUAUAGUUUCCCAUUAUUAGCAUUUGAAAGGCAACAAACAGAAUACCUUGUCAGUUAGAGAUCUUCCUUUUCUCUGUUGUUGCUCCUCAUUAUUCACAUGGAAAACACAAGGCCAUAGCACUGAAUCUUUGAAAUUUAUUGAUAACUUGAAAUAUGCUUAUACUUUAUCUGCUUCAUUAUGUGAUGAGACUUAAAGAGGAGCUGUCUUUUUUUUUUUUUUUUUGGCAUAAUAAAGUUCUAAUUUUGAACACAUGCUGAGUUCCUUCUAAAUGUCUUAUUUGUAAGUUGCUGUUCUGUAACUGUAGCACUGUUCUGUUGGAGUUCCUUGAUCUGGAACUUGCUUAAUAACAUUCUGAUUGGCCCUUACUUCAGAAUGAAUAGCUGUAAGGUUUAUUAAUCACACUACAUGACAGAUUUGAAAAUAAAAUAUAUAAACCAAAUUAGAAGAUAUAAAAAUAAACUCUGACACACCAUGACAGAUCAGUUAAAAUUUCACUGGAACUUGACUCCAAACACCUGCUGCUGCUGCUGCUGCUGCUGCUGCUGCUGCUGCUGCUGCUGCUGCUGCUGCUGCAAUGAGGAGCCACCAUGAUGCUGUGAGUUCAGGGUAGUGUAAAUUAUAAUGAUACAUGUUGCAGAGUUACACUAUGUCUGCUCUUCUCUCAGUGCUGAGAAAGUGGAAAUGGAGGAUUACAAUUACUAAAGAUGACGAUGUCCAUUAUUAAUCUUUCCAUUUUUAUCUUUCCCUUUGCUUAUUUUACAUUUUUCUCAAGAUUUAAUAUCAACCUGAGUAGGUUAAAGGGAUUCUGUAGUGUUAAGAAUAUACAAAGUUGUAUUCUUAACACUAUAAUGCCCUCUAGUCUCCACCCCUCCCUCUCGCACCUGCCUCCCAUAGCACAUAAAGGGUUUAAAAAAACCUUUAUUUACUUAUCUGAUUGCAGUGCCGAUGUACCUUAGCAUAGGGUCGGUGCACCGCCUUCUCCGACUGGGGAACCUAAUGCGCAUUGCCUCAGUGCUUUCCUGUGGGGAUUUCACUGACACUGGAUGUCCUCAUGCACAGCGUGAGGAUGUGCUGCGUCACUUAGGGGACCCUGAGUCCAGGAAGCGCCUCUAGUGGCUGUCUGUUAGACUGUCAGUAGAGACUGUCUUAGACCUGCAAUGUAAACAUUGAGCUGAAGUGGUCUGUUAGCCUAUAGUAUCCCUUUAACAAUAACCCAGAUUGACAACCAAACUGAAGUGGAUAUUUAGCCACUUUGAAUAAAUAGUACAAAUGUAUGAAAUUAUUGUAAAUUUUAUGGCUCAAAGCACUUCUCUUUCUUCCUAUGUGGCAAUUAGAGUAUAGUUUCAAAUAUAGAUGAUCAAUGUCCCAAAAAAUAAUUGGGCCAGACAGACGCUGUUACAGCGACUCUAAAGUGUGUUAUACCUCAUUUAAUAGCCAAAACCCAAAAUAUGGUAUGCGGGAUAAUAGUUUGAGUUUUCUUGUAUGCUAGACUGUGGAUCCGUGGGUCAGUCGCACCCUUCAAAGUGCAGAAAUAAAUAAGCAUGCUCACCACAGAAAUUUGACCAAAUCACUAAAAUAAACGAAAUGGUCACUAAACAAACUGUUUUGUUUGUUUCAUGAUUUAAAGUUUACUAUCUAAAAAACAACAACUGUUAAGCUUGUGGUGGCUAGCCAGUGCUUGCUAGGCAGCUGCUAAAUUAAAAUGUAAAAAUAAUAACAAAGCGGAAGGACAUUCUACUGUUAAUCUCGCAAUUGUGGUCUUUGGCUAGAGGGAUUUUUAAAGAAAAAUGGGGGUGAACUUGCCAUUGUCCACCUCCUAGAAGUAAGUACCCUCUAAUAAUUUCCCUGAGUGACUAAUGACCUCACAACAACAAUCCUAAUAAUGAUGAGGGUGUCCAAUAACGUUAAUCUAUGUAAAAUAAAAAAUGUUUUACAGCACAUCUUUUUUCUUAAAUCUUUUUUUCUUGUCACGCAAAAGGCCAAAUAAAAAUCCAUAAUAACUGAUACUACUAUUACAAGUAAAACAAGAACAGAAUUACAAAAAAAAACUACAGAAACAAACACACACAAAAAAAAAUUAAUCCAACUUCAUCCAGCGAGGGCUUUGUAGGUGCGAAGUAUAAAGGCAUUCCCAAUUUUUGAAUGCUCAUUAGGGACACUCUAAUUGCUUGGCUUGUAAGCAAUCUGAGCACUCUGGUGUGCUGGGACAUAAGGGAGGUAAGCAAGGCUCAUAGGCGCUUUUUUUUUUUUUGAGGAAUCAAUUCAGGCAUACCAAUAUAUAUAUAAUUUUUUUUUUUUUUACCGUUGUGAGUGUAGUUUAUUCUACUGUACUUUUACACAUUGCUGUGCCCUUUAACAUCUAUAGGAGAAACUUGUAGUAUAGUUUAAGGAGAAAAAUAUAUCCAUGCUUGGUAUAGAUUGCAUAUUUAGACUUUAUUAUACAAAUAUAAAGAAAUAACCCACAACUCGCUACUUAAUGCAAUUAUUUUUUUUGCCUCUGUGUGUGUGAGAGAGUGUAUUUUACCUUAGAUAGAGGAACAAACAUUAACAACCACAUCUUUCACUGAUACAGGCACAUAGGUUAUGCUCCGAGUACCUUCCUAGCUGUGCAGAAUGAAGACAGUCUGUUGACUUAUGAGUAAGUACCUGCAAAAAAGCCACUAAUAUGCAGGAUAGUAUUUUAAUCUCUACCAUGGUUACUAAUUUCUACUUUGGCAGAUCAUCUAAGCUUUGUUAAUUAUCUUAAUUUGAAUUACUUUUUGAUGGAUCGUUUGUUAAGACAUUGCCAUAAUUGAUGGAACAGACAUAGAAAUGAAGUUAUUUUGUAUUCUCUUGCCUUUAGAUGGUACAACAGGGGUAUCAACAGAAAUCAAGCAGAAAAGCUCCUCGUUGAAAGAGUAAGCAUGGUUUCUUAUUUUUCUCUCUUAAUAAAAUAAAUAUUUUUCCAUGUACUAUCUGUGCAUGUUAAGAACAUUUUGGUUCACGUGCAAGAUCUUUGCCCAUGCUAUGUUGUGGUUUUGCUGUGUAUGUGCAGCUAACUGAAACUUGUGUGUGCUAAGAGUAAAAUUGGGCGCUCCUCUGCAAUCAGACCACAAAAACUUGAGGAAUUAUCAAAACUGAUUGUGUGAUAGUGGAUGAUGAGAUGUACUGAAUUAGCAAGGUGGGGUUUACAUGUGCAGGCACACAGCAAACUAAAAUACACUGCAUUUAUAUUGAUAUCUGUAUUUGUAAAAUGUUGAGUGUUUCUUUUCUGUUGAAUUAUAUUUGCAUUUUUGAAUGUUAUUAUCAAUGUUUCCCUUAUUGAUUGGUGUUCUAUCGUUCAUUAGUUGUUGUUUUUUGUUGUUGUUUUUUUCUUUCUCACAGUUAUUAGCUCCUGGAUUGUUUCAUUGUAUUUUAACAGUUAUGUUUGUGUUAUAUUAAAUUUACCCCUUCAUUUCCAGUUUUGAGCUUUUAUCCAGCACUUUAUUACCCUACUCCCACUGUUUUAAGUUAGAAUACCCCUGUCGAUAUAUAUUAUUUUAUUAAAUUUGUUCAAGUAAGCUUUCUAUUUAGUUUUAAAACAUUUCUUAAUUAUCUAAUACGUGUAGCCUCUUAAUAUAUAUUAAACAUGUAACAAUUAUAUAUUUACUGUAAAUCAAAGAUAGCAUCAUACUUUACAAAUAUUAAAAUAUAUAGAAAAAACAUGUAAUAUAUCUUACAUGUAACAAAUACAACCUACCAAUAUAUUUAAUACAUAAGAAAUAGCACAUUGGUGACUUGCUGCCAUUAUUUUCAAUCAUUUACUGUCAUUUUUCUAUAGUCUAACAUGAUAUAUUGUCUAAUUAUUAUACCUAAGAAUAGUGCAAUUUUGACAUCAAAAUGUUAAUUUCACUCUUUGUAUAAUUUCUUAAUCUAUGUAAAAGCGCUCUGGAUAAGGGUACUAUAUAUGAAUUUGUUAAAUAAAUAAAGAUUUGGUAUUGAUGAGAAUCUUCCAACAAUUUGUAAAGUAUUAAAAAGUAGAUCCAUAAAUGAUAUGGCUUUUCUGUUUGUUUAAAACAAACAUUUUAAGUCAGUCAGUAAAAGUCAAUGUCCUAGAGACAAAUAAAUCUGAGACCUUUAUGUUGAUAACUUCUGUGAGGUCCAUACUAAUUCUCAUAUGCCAUAUUAUAGAAGCUUGGAACACCAGUGAAUUGUUAGUUUUCUGCUAAAACUAUUUCAUUGUUUAUUCAGGAACCUACAAAAAAAAAAAAUGACUGUAAAGCAAUAAAUGAUUAAUUUUCAUCUAAGAAAGAAUUUCUGUUUAAUACCCUUAGAUAAGUAUUUAGUGACUAAUAUAUUGAUACACUCUAUCAUUUACUGUUUACAUGACUAGCACUGUUUAUAUUAAAACAUGUUUUCCUAAUCUAGUAUAUACAUGUUUUAAAAUAUUUUUUUUGGGGGGGAGGAUUUUGCUCAUGUUGCUAACAUCCUCAUUCCUCGUCUUUCAUACAGGGAGUAGAAGGAGCCUUCAUGGUCCGAGAUUCAAGACAAGCUGGAAUGUACACAGUGUCGAUCUUCACAAAAGCUUUUGGGUAACUCUUGUUUUAUAUUCCCAUUUCAAAUACCACAAAGAACAUGGAGAACUUUUCUACUGUUUCUAUUCUCCUCAUCGCAAAGCUGUUAUAUUAAAAAGUUUCACCAAACAACAUGUAAGGAGGCAAGCCCUACAAUUGCAGAGCUAACCAGCAGUAAGCUAUUGGGCUACACUGUCCUAGUGUGUUCUUUCAUCCACUAUCCAUACCUAGUUUUAAAGCAGCAAUCUAUAUCUCCAAUGGCAUACAUAGCACUUUGUUUUGAUGCUUGCCAAUAGGUCCUAGAUAGACUUAUAUUUCAGUACUUCCCUAAACUCUUUUUUCUUGUCAGUGAGAAAAAUCAAGUCGUGAAACAUUAUCACAUACGGGAAACAAAUGAUUCUCCACCCAAAUAUUACUUGGCUGAGAAAUUUCUCUUCACUAACAUUCCAGAACUUAUUAAUUACCAUCAGCAUAAUGGAGGAGGUAAGUAGCCAUGAUAUAUGUGUAUUUGACUGUAUUUCAUGUUCUCAGAGUACUUCUUUAAAGGAACACCCCAUGCAGCAUAAUGACUAGAGAACACUACUGAUUAUGGUGCCAAGAUUGCCCCAUAAUGAUAAAACUAUUAACUGUUAAACUGGGGUCUGCUGGGUGCCACUCCAUGCCUCUAGAAGAGCUCCAGUCAUGAUCUAAGCCCAGGCUGAUGUUCUCAGUCAUUGAACUGACCCUCCACUGUAGGGCUUAGCUUAGGAAAGGUAAUGGAAGCUCUCAGUAGGAACUUCUAGCUCUCUAUAGCAGGAGAAAAGGGUCACCCAGUAGAGCCCAUAAAGAAGUAAGGUCAUUAAGAAAUUAACCAUUCUAGACUAAGUUUCUAAAAGUGAAACAAUCAACCAUAGCACCUAUCCAAUCUAGUGAGCCAGUAAUGCAGAAAGAGGAGGAAAAAUCCAACACAUGCAGGUUGCAUACCCCGGGAACAGAUAGAUAGACAGACAGACAAAUUAGAAUAACCCAUUGUUUUCCAUGGUGGCUACUUUUAGAACAUUGUCCUAGAAAUUCUCAUUAUAAGUCAUCUCCGGCGUCUUUAAGUUCCACGUGUUGCAAUAAAUACAUUGUUGUGUAAUCACAUGGCAGCUCUUUUUUAACAUUAACACCUUUUAAUAUAUUUUUAAAGUAGUAAAGUUUUAAAAUACAUUGCAGAUUAUUUCUACCUGUUUUCCCCAUAUGCUUGUAUAAUUUAUUCAGGUUUGGUUACUCGACUUCGUUAUCCUGUGUGUUCAUGGAAGGAGACACUACCUGUUACUGCUGGAUUGAGUUAUGGUGAGUUUGUCAACAAGUGACACAUGCUUUCAAUUUACAGUUACCUGCAACAUGAUAAAUCUCCGAAUGUGUGUCACUGCAUGAGUGCAACCCUUCUCUUCAUUCAAUUAUUAAAUGUACACCUUGCUUCCUAACUUAGGCACGCACUUCAUUAACUAUGCAAUGUUGCUUUACUGUAUGCAUGGUAUGGUCUUAUUCACUAAAUAAUUGUGAUUGUGGUAAGUUGACAUAAAUGUUGCAAUCAGAAAAAAACCUGAUUCAAAAUAAAAUUAAUACUUCACAUGUUUGAUAGCCAUUAAACUUAGGUUUGACAGUUUCUACAAUUCUCUUAAUUGUGAUUUCUGUGUCUGUAUUUAGGAAAAUGGGAGAUUGACCCUACCCUCCUGACUUUCAUAGAGGAUAUUGGCAGUGGACAGUUUGGAUUGGUCAAGGUUGCAUUCUGGCAAGAUAUACAGAAGGUUGCAGUCAAGAUGAUUAAGGAAGGAAUGAUGUCAGAAGAAGACUUUGUAGAAGAAGCCCAGGUGUUGAUGUAAGCUGUUUUUGCCGUUUAGGUAGCAUAAAGGGAAUAGUGUCAUUAAUGCCAUAAAGAGAUGGUUUUAUUAGAGUCUACACAGAUGGUUAACAGCAACUGGAUGAAUUCUUACAAAAACACAAUAUUCAGGUAAUAUUAAAUAAAUGGGAUAACAGCUUCUUGAUCCAAGGAGAAAUCUAACUGCUAUUCAGAGAUUGAGAAGGAUGUUUUCUAAUUUAUUUAUUUUUGUAAAAAUUCUUUAUUUUUCAGUUUUGGUGCAACAUUUUGAUUUAUACAGACCGUUAAAAAGUCGAGGUUCUGUGUCGUUCGUGGUUUGCACCAUUUUGGGUUGAGCCAUAACAAUUUCUUGAACAACAGUAACAUGUUAAACAAAACAUAUUGAUCAGUACUUAGGAGGAUGUUUUCUAAUUUGUUGCAAAAUUGGAAAGCUCUUUGAACUGGGAUGUGAGAAAGGCUGAACUUAAUAGACACGUCUUUUUUUCAGCCUGCAUAGCUGUGUAACUACGUAAUACACACGUUCUAAGAAUUUAAGUAUACUUUUUAUGAGACCUUCCAAUUUGAGAAGCCUGAAACAGUUAGCUUUGACUCAUUACAAAUUAUUUGCACUUUCAUUGUUUCAUGCUAAGCAUAAUCUGUGUUUCAUACUGAGCACUGCAAGUGUUCAUUACAGUUGUCCUUAAACGUUUUAGGGACUUGUACCUAAAAUAUGUGUAAAACAUGCUAUUUUCACUUUCUGCAUUAUAACAUGUUUCUAAAUCAUGGAGGUCAUCGGUUACUCUUUUAAGCAGGUACUUUAGCAGUGUUUUAGGUACUUGUUUUGGCAACGUACAUUUGUAAGUUCAGUAUGACUGGGGUUUUUAACGCCUUUCAUCUCCCUCUUUCCCUGUGGUUUAUCUUCUCCCUUUGUUACUUUCCAGGAAACUUUCUCACCCUAAACUGGUGCAGUUUCUGGGUGUCUGCAGUCAGCAACAUCCCCUAUUUUUGGUUUUCGAGUUCAUGGAACAUGGUUGUCUGAGUGAAUACCUUCGCAGGAACCGGGGCUCGCUUUGUCGGGGAAUGGCUUUGGAGAUGUGUCAAGAUGUAUGUGAGGGGAUGGAAUAUUUAGAAAAAUCAAAUUUUAUCCAUAGGGACCUGGUAAGCUGCACACUUCAUUUUGUAUAAUUGUCACAUACAUUUCAGUCAUUUACAUGCCCAUGGAAUAAUUUCAAAAUCUUGUCCACAGGCAGCACGUAACUGUCUGGUUGGGGAGUCAUUGGUCGUGAAGGUUUCAGAUUUUGGAAUGACCAGGUGAGUUACCAUUAAGAAGCUCAGAGCCUCCAGCUUGGGUAUGUACAGCACAUUGCUUUAGGGUAUGCAAUUAGAGAAAAUCGCAAUUUAAAUUAUUUUUAUUUAUUUUUUUAAAUACCAACUUAAAAAUGAGGUACAAAAUACGUGUACACGCUAAUGAUAACUAGGGAUAUACAGAAAAAUGGAAGAGGGAGCACAAUUUUUUUUUUUUGGUUAAUCAUUGUUUUUUAUUGUAGGAAAAUAAGCAAUUAUUUAGGCACGCAGGCCUUCUGACAUUGUUACAGCAUAGAAUAUACAUCACAAUAUUAUGUCAAACAUACCGGUAAAAGUUACAUUCAGCUUUGUUAUACCGUAAGUGUAAGUGUUUAAUUGUGUCAACUUUGCUCAGCGUAGGUUGUCACAUUGUUGCAAUGAGUAGCUGACUGCAUUUCCGCCUGGGCCCUUCGUAUUUAAGAUUAAUGGUGCGUGUGUUAACAUCCCUUAGUGCCUUAAAGGUGCGUAUUUAUAGGUGUUAUACCUUGUUAAGAUUUGUAUGUGUGUUUGUGAGAGUGUGGAGGGGUGUUUUAGUUUGUGUAAGUGGGUAGGAGGGUUCAUGCUUAAAUGGGGUGUAAUACUUCGGUUUCGUGUAGUGUGGUGCAUUGUGUUGCGUGUGUCGAUUGGGGCAGGGAGUGUGGGUUCUCCGAGGUUCCUCUCGGAUGGAGUGAAAGUUUGCCGUAUGUGUGGAGGGAGCACAAUUUUAACGCCGCGUUAUGGUGUGCAUUGGCUCACCUAGCACACCUAUUGUGCACACUCAUGUCCUACAGAAUAAUUAAGCCAUUUAAAAAAACUUUCAAGGUGAUUUGUAAUUUUUGUGAACUUUACACCAGUAUGUCUGUUAAACUUUAAUGUCUUUACCAAAGUGGUUAAAUUCUAGCUCUCCGGAUUACAUAGUUGCAUAGUUACUAGGCUGAAAAGAGACAUGUUUCCAUCAAGUUCAGCCUUCCUCACAUUUGGUUUUUGCUGUUGAUCCAAAAGAAGUAAAAAAAAAACCCAGUUUAAAGCACUUCCAAUUUUGCAACAAAGUAGGGGAAAAAAAUCUUUCUUGACCUGAGAAUGGCAGUCAGAUGUAUCCUGAAAAAUUAUAUCCCUUUCUCUCAUUACUAAAAUAUCCCUAUCCUUCUGCUCACCUGUCCCUGGCAACACCAACUUAAUUACUUCCACUUUACUACCCUCCCCUCAAUAUUCAUCGAAUGCACUCUACAGAUACCUUUCCAGCUUAUCUACACCAACUCCUCCCAAAUCCUCUAUAUACAUACCCUCCUACAAAACUUUGAAAUCCUACUCCCACCUCCACUUCCUUUCUAUCCUUUUGCUCCUAGCAGCUGGUGAUGUCUCUCCAAACCCCGGUCCCAUCUCUGCAAACUCACCACAUACUAACCCAUGGAUCCACACUAAUCUCAUACCCAUCUCAUGUUCCUCUAAAUCCUCCUUAAAUACUGCCCUCUGGAAUGGACACUCUGUUUGCAAUAUUACAAAAUCCACUGCUGUCCAUGACUUCUUAAUCUCUUGUUCAAUAGAUUUACUAGUCUUAACAGAAACAUAGCUCUCCCCCUCUGACACUGCUACCCCUGCAUCUUUGUCCUUUGGUGGUCUUCAAUUUACCCACAACCCAAGAAACUCUGAAUGUAAAGAUGGUGGUCUUCCCUUUAACCACAACCCAAGAAACUAUGAAUGUAGGGUUUCUCCUCUCCCCUCACUGCUCCUUUAAACCUCUACCCACCCUCCCUUCCGUCUCUUUCCCAUCAUUUGAAAUACAUUCAAUUCACCUUUACAAACCCUUCUCUGCUAACAUUGCCGUUAUUUAUUGUCCCCCUGGUUCCCCUCUCAUCUUCCUUGACCACUUUGCUGCCUGGCUACCCUAUUAUUCCAUCCCCAAUUCUCGGGUACUUCAAUAUUCCCAAUUCUCGGGGACUUCAAUAUUCCCACCUUUGACCUCUGCAGCCUCUAAACUACUCUAAAUUACUUCCUUCCUCGGUCUAUCACAGUGGGCUAAUUCUCCCACCCAUGUAGCUGGCAAUACUCUUGACCUAAUAUUCUCUUAUGCAUGUACAGUAUCUAAUAUCUGCAACACUCCAUUUCCUCUCUCUGAUCACCACCUCUUAUCAUUUACUCUCAUGCACCCGCUCACCGACAACCUCAGCUUAACCCCCCUCAACUCAGGAGGGACCUUAAUUCUAUUGACCUCCAGCAGCUGUCAGCUGAUAUUGAUUCACAACUGCUAUCCAUCCCUUCCCUCUCCUGUCCUUCACUGGCCAUCUCCACAUAUAACGCUACCCUCACCUCUGCCUUGAACACUGCAGCACCACUCUAAACAAGCACCUCAAGGAGGACACGCCCCCAACCAUGGCAUACUAAAUCAACACGCUACCUGCAAAGAUGCUCCUGUUGUGCUGAACGCUCCUGGAGGAAGUCUCGCACUCAGUCAGACUUUCUCCAUUAUAGAUUCAUACUGUGUUCAUACAGCGCAGCCCUUGCCCUCGCCAAACAGUCCUACUUUUCUUCUCUCAUUAGUUCAUGCUCCCGCAAUCACAGGCGUCUCUUUGACACCUUUAAUUCUCUUCUUCGCCCUGCCGUGGCCACCCCCCAAACUAACUGCCGAUAGCUUUGCAUGUUACUUUACCGACAAGAUCAAACAGCUAAGGAAAGAAUUUUCCCCUCCUUGCCAUUCUCUUCCUCAACCACACAUAGAUCAUGCCUUUCCUACCCUUCAGACGUUCUCCCUGGCUACUGACCAAGAGGUGGCUGCUCUUCUCCUUUCCUCUCGCCCCAGCACUUGCCCGCUCGAUCCUGUCCCAUCUCACCUUAUUAGAUCUCUCUCCACUUGUCUCGUGCCUUCCUUAACGCACAUCUUCAACUGCUCUCUCUCUUCUGGCUUUGUCCCUGCUGACCUUAAACAUGCCACUGUAGUACCUAUCCUGAAAAAAACAUCUCUUGACCCAUCCUCCCUCUCUAACUAUCGUCCUAUAUCCCUGCUCCCUUUUUCCUCAAAGCUCCUGGAAAGACUUGUCUUUCCCCGUGUGUCUCAUUUCCUCAAUUCCAACUGUCUUCUUGACCCUCUUCAAUCUGGCUUCUGCCCUCUCCACUCUACUGAGACUGCGCUUAUCAAAGUUACUAAUGACCUAAUCGCAGCUAAAUCCAAAGGUCACUACUCCAUACUAAUUCUUCUUGACCUCUCUGCUGCCUUUGACACAGUUGAUCAUGCUCUCCUUCUUCAAACUCUUCAAUCACUCGGUCUCUGUGACUCUGUCCUCUCGUGGUUUUCCUCUUAUCUCUCCCAACGCUCAUUCAGUGUCUCCUUUUCUAAUGACACCUCCUCCCCUCGUCCUGUCUUGGUUGGAGUCCCCCAAGGCUCUGUACUUGGUCUCCUUCUAUUUUCUCUUUGUACUGCCUCUCAUGGCAAACUUAUUACCUCUUUUGGUUUCCACUAUCAUCUGUACACUGAUGACAACCAGAUAUAUCUCUCCUCCCCGGACCUCUCUCCUGCCGUCCUGCAACGUGUCACUGCUUGCCUUUCUUCCAUCUCUGACUGGAUGUCCUCCCGCUUUCUGAAACUCAAUCUCUCUAAAACUGAGCUCCUUGUCUUUCCUCCUUCUAAUACUGAUCCUCCUCCUUCGCUCUCCCUUCAAGUUAGUGGUUCCCACAUAAGUCCAUCCUUGCAAGCGUGCUGUCUUGGUGUCAUACUUGAUUCUGGCCUCACAUUUGAGCCUCACAUUUAGUAUGUUGCCAAAUCCUGUAGAUUCCAUCUUAAAAACAUUUACCAGACAAAUCCCACAGAGAUUGCCAAAGUGAUUACAGGUUUUUACACCGAACUAUAUAACCACUCGAGAGGUGCAACCACGAACCCACAACAGGAACUGAAUGGGGUACGAGAUUUCCUCUCUCGGGUACCUCUCCCAAAACUGGGUGAGGCGGAUGUGGCAAUACUCGGGAAUCAGAUCUCAGUGGAGCAAAUAGAUGCAGCAAUUUCGGCCCUGAAAAGCAAUAAUGCACCUGGCCCAGAUGGCUUAGACGGAAGCUACUAUAAGAUAUUUAGAGAAGAACUCCUGCCCCCUUGAGUACUCACACUUUGAAUGAAGUGCUGGAGGGUAUAGAAUGGCAGGAAAUAUGGGAGGCGGCAGCAACAUCUUCAGUGUGCGUUACAGGAACAAUCAUAUAAGACCUUGUUUCGGUGGUAUACCACCCCAGUGACGCUGUGCCGCAUGCGUAAAAACCCAACAGACUUGUGCUGGAGGUGCUGCGGACAUAAGGGUACGUAUAUUCAUAUGUGGUGGGAAUGUCCAGUGGUGCAGAUAUACUGGAAAAGGAUCGCAGCAUUGUUGCGAGAAGUGUUAAGCAGGGAUGUGAAGCUAGACCCAUGGGUGUUCCUAUUGUCAAGAUCCAUGGAUGAUUGGACAAGAACGGAACAAAACCACCUUCAAAAAAUAAACCUUGCCGCCAGACGAGCUCUAGCGCAGGUAUGGCUACAGAGGAACACUCCUACGAUAGCAAUAAAUAAAACAUAACAUAAAGGAUACCUUUUUAAUGGACAAAUUGACAGCUCAGGUCAGAGGGACUACGAAGAAAUUUGUUCCCUUGGAUCAAUAGUACAGUAAGUGACUAAAACAGCAGACUGGACCAAAAACAUAAACCACACAACUGUACCACUCAGGGCACUGAAGAGACAAGUUACAGACCGCUUCACCUAAACCCAUCUCUCUUUUAGGGAAACUUAGGGGAUGCCUAGGAUAGAUGAAGUCGGUAAGGCAAUGCAAUCCUUACGACACUUAUCGUUCGACGGCUCCCCCUGGACUCCCUGCCCCCCUUUUCAUGCCUCCCAUGUUCACCUGUGACUACUUCUCUCUACUUCCUCGGACCCUCGAGAACGCUCUUUCUUUUUCUGGUUCCAAUCUUUUGAACCAUCUUUCAUUUUCCUUACAAUUGUAAGAUAGUGCACAACGGGACUAUCAAGGGUAUACAGUAAAGCUAGAGAAACAAGUGCGAAUAUGUAUAGUACCCCUAACUGUUCUCAGUGCAAGCUACAGCACGGUAGUUACAUGUUUUAUUUUACUACAAAAACACCAAGUAGGAUGUCUUGAGAUACUUAAAGGAGUUAAUCACACCUUGGAAAAUCCAGGCAAAAACGCAUUUCAUGAUUGCGAAUUCUGUAAUAUGUAAAAAUUAGAAUGUGCACUCAUGCAGAUAAUGUUGUAAGCCGAAAACUGCUGCGUAUAUGCCUAUUUUGAAAGUGUAUUGAUAUUGUUAUGUGUGCUAUGUAUAAGUUGUCCUGCUUUGGAACACCAGACUGAUUUUCCUCUCUAAUGGUUUCUCUCACACCUCACCCCUCUGUCAGGCCCUACAUUGGCUUCCUGUAUGCUAUAGGAGUCAAUUCAAGGUACUAAUUCACACCUAUAAAGCACUGAACAACUCUAGCCCCUCCUAUAUCUCUUCACAGAUCCAUAGGUAUGUCCCUUCUCGGUCUCUCCGCUCAGCUCGUGACCACCUCCUGUCCGUUGUUCGCACCCGUACGGCCAACUCACACUUGCAGGACUUCUCACGGGUGGCUCCCUUCCUAUGGAAUAGCCUACCUACUGCCAUCAGACUCUCCCCUAGUCUUGCAUCUUUUAAGAAGUGCCUUAAAACCCAUCUCUUUACGAACGCUUAUGGCCUCCCAGACUAACCUCUACCUCACAUACCUGUCUCUUGUGCUCUCCUAAAGGGCAGCACUCUACUCUCUCCUCCAGCUCUGCUUUACUCCUACCAUAUUUGAUAUUUCCUGUCCUAUUGUGUUUUACACCCCACAUCCUAUAGAUUGUAAGCUCGUUUGAGCAGGGUCCCCUCCAACCUAUCGUGCCUGUAAGUUUUUUGUAAUUGUCCUAUUUAUAUUUGAAUCCCCUCUCAUAAUAUUGUAAAGCGCUACGGAAUCUGUUGGCGCUAUAUAAAUGGUAAUAAUAAUAAUAAUAUCCUUGAAUAUUCUGUUUUUGCAAGUAUGCAUCUAGUUGCUGUUUAAACAUCUGUACAGACUCUAAUAAAACCACUUCUUCAGCCUUAGACUAAAUCUUCUUUCUUCCAGUCUAAAUGCAUGACCUUGUGUCCUAUGUAAAGUCCUGUUGGUGAAUAGAUUUCCACACAAUGGUUUGUAUUGGCCCCGAAUAUCUUUGUAUAAUGUUAUCAUUACCCCUCUGAGGCGAUGUUUUUCUAAACUAAAGAGUUUUAAAUUUGUUAACCUUUCUUCAUAGCUAAAAUGUUCCAUUUCUUUUAUUAAUUUUGUAGCCGGCCUCUGCACUCUUUCUAGUGCCAUAAUAUCCUUUUUUAGAACAGGUGCCCAAAAUUGCACAGCAUAUUCAAGAUGUGGUCUUACCAGCGAUUUAUAUUCUCAUCCUGAGAAUUAAUGCCCUUUUUCAUGCAUGACAAUUCCUUACUGGCCUUAGCCACUGCCGACUGACAUUGCACAUUGUUGCAAAGUUUGUUGUCUAUAACAUUUCCCAAGUCCUUCUCAUGUGUUGUUAUCAGGGGCGUACCUAGAGCAUUUGGCACCCGGGGCGGAUCCUGUGCUUGCAGGGACAGGCUCUAGACACCAGAACCACUACAUUAAGCUGAAGUGGUUCUGGGGACUAUAGUGUUUCUUUAAUGUGAGGUAAAUUAGAGCUUAGUGCCACGAAUAAUAUACUAGAUUGCCUACUUACAACCAGAUGAGGAUGAUGAUGGGCUCUAGCUGCAGUCUGGCUCCACUGGUCUGGUACAGAACAGGCUCUCUGGAGGCGGUUUGUAACUGUGGUCACAAAAAUCAAUGUUCUGGGAGAACGGGAAGCAGCUCCAUUUUUUGGGGGUCCUUUACACAGCUCAAGGUCUGGGUCCCAGGGUCCACCUUCAUGUUCCACCAAUGAGUUUGUUCACAGGGGGUGGAGUGUGUAGGGGAUGUCCUGAUAUGUGUGUAAGGAAUGCAUUGUGUGAAAUUGUGUUUGUAUGUGUAAGGGCUGCAAGGUGUGUUUCUGUGUAUGUAUGGGAUGCAUUGAAUGUGUGUAAGGGGUGCAUUGAGUGUGUGUAAUGAAUGCAUUGUGUGUUUCUGUGUGUGUAAGGGAUGCAUUGUGUGUAACGGUUGCAUUGCUUGUGUAUGUGUGUCUGUGUGUGUAAUGCAUUGUGUGUUUUUCUGUGUGCAAGGGGUGCAUUGUAUGUAUGUGAUGAAUGUCAAUCUCUCCUCCCGCUCCAAUUUCCUUCUCCUCCUCCCAAUUUCUCUUUCUCAACCCCCCUCCUAAUUUCUCUUUCCCCCUCCUAAUAUCUCUUCCCCCCUCCUAAUUUCAAUUUCUCACCCCCCCCUCCUAAUUUCUCUUUCUCAGCCCCUUUCCUAAUUUCUCUUUCUCAGCCUCUUUCCUAAUUUCUCUUUCCCCCCCCUCUCCUUUCUCUUUCUCUCCCCCCCUCCUUUCCCUUUCUCUCCCCCCCUCCUUUCUCUUUCUCUCCCCCCUCCUUUCUCUUUCUCCCCUCCUUUCUCCCCUUUCUCCUCUUUUUCUCACCCCCUCUAUUUUCUCCCCCCUUCUCCUCUUUUCUCACCCCCUUUCUCUCCCCCUUUCUCCUCUCUCUUUCUCUCACACCCCUUUUCUCUCUCUCCUCUCUUUCUCCCUCCUCACCUCCCUUUCUUCUCUUUUCUCUCAACCCCUUCUCCUUCUCACCCCCUCUUUCUCCUUCUCACCCCUUCUCCUCUUUUCUCACCCUUCUCCUUUCUCCUUCUCAUCCUUUCUCCUCUUCUUUCUCUCACCCCUUUCUCCUCUUCUUUUCUCACCCUCUCUCUCUCUUUUCUCACCUCUCUUUUCUGCUAAUCUCUUUCCUCUUUUUCUCUCACCCCCUUCUCUCCUCUUUCUCACCCCCUUUUCUCCUCUUCUUCUCAUCCCCCUUUCUCCUCUCACCCUCUCAUCUUACAGCCUCAGCAGCUGGGCAGCCUGUACCCGGCCGGACUAACAGGAAGUGCACACUCAGUGUGCACUUCCUGUUAGUCCGGCCGGGUACAGGAGACAGCUGCUCUCUGUAUCCGUCGGACCAGCAUGCUGCAGGGCUCGGCCACGCUACAGCAAAGGAAGCUGACAGGAGGGAUCGCUGAACGCUUCCCUUCUGUCAGCCCCCUUUCUCAGGCUGCACCCGGGCGGUGCGGUCCGCCCUCAUGGACGCACCGCCCGGGCAAAGCUGCAGCCGCCUGAGGCUCUCUACAGAGCGCUCGGGCGGCUGCAGCAUGGGGGGGGGCGGCAGGGCUGGUCAUUGCACCCCCCAUCCUGGUGGCACCCGGGGCGGACUGCCCCCUCCCCGCCCCCCCCUUAGUACGCCACUGGUUGUUAUCACUAAUUCGCUUCCAUUAAGGGUAUAAGUGGUUUGUGCAUGCUUUACACCAAAGUGCAUAACUUUGCAUUUUUAUACAUUAAAUUUCAUCUGCCAUUUGAGUGCCCAGUCCCCCAGUCUAAAUCCCUAUCCCCAGAUCUAAAUCCCUAUUCAGCAAAGUAAUAUCUUGCUCACAUUGUAUCACUUUACAGAGUUUUGUGUCAUGUGCAAACACAGAAACAUGACUUUCAAUGCUUUUUUCAUGAUCAUUUAUAAACAUGUUAAAUAGAAGGGGUCCCAGAACAGAACAGAGGGACACUUCUUGCCACCUCUGUCCAGCUUGAAAAUGUACCAUUAAUGACAAAAAUUAUGUUAAUGAUCUACAAAUUCCAUUAGCCUUGCUAAGUGCGUGCUAAAGUCCAAAACAUAUAAUUAACUAAGUAGAAGUGCUAUACCAAGAGAACUGAAAUAUUUUUUAUGGUAGAAAAGUCAGAAAAAUAAAUUGCUGUAUGCUAUUCAAGGGGUCCAUAAUAGCCAUAUGAGGAACUACAGGUGCGUUAUAAAUAGCUCACAAUCUCACCCUACUCAAUCUUUCACAGGUUUGUUCUUGAUGAUCAGUACACAAGCUCCACCGGAACCAAGUUCCCUGUGAAAUGGUCUGCUCCAGAAGUAUUCCGAUAUGGACGCUACAGCAGUAAAUCUGACGUGUGGUCUUUUGGUAUGAAUUUAACAUUUCCCUUAAUUAAAGUGGCACUGUCACCAUCUGGGGACUUUGCAAAAUUCGCAAAGACCCUCAAUGGUGGCAUCACGACUGGGGGUCUGGUGGGGGCAGGUUAAGGUGAAUUCCACUUACAUGAAUCUGUCCCUCAUGGGUGCAGACAUUCUGUUUUGGUGGGUCCUCUUCAGCUCAUGCUGGUUCAGCGACAAGAGUCAACGUCAUUGCUGUACAGCAUUGAGGUCUAAUAGGAUCCCGCAAGAUGGCGGGAUCCUUCAUAGCCAAAGUCAAUCCCUGCUGGCAUCACUGGUGAGGCUGGGAAAUUGUUAUUUCCAGGGGCGGACUGACCACCAGAUCAGUCAUGGACCGAGGGCCCGAAGCAGUCAGGGGCACGGCUGGUUGCACAAACAUGCUCUGGCUGGGGAGAUCAGAUCAGAGAUCUCCCCAGCCAGAAACCCAUAAUUGUACAAAUUCCAUUACUCCAAUUGUCCCCCUUCUGCCUCCCCUCCACACCCACCUUCUCAGUGAGACCUGGUAGUGAUCCUGCUGCUCCUGCCAGGUCUCCUUCAUGUUGUGGCUGUGCGGAGCACAGUGAGAUGGGAAGAGGCAAGGCCCGGGCUCUCCUGGCCCCCGCCUCUUUUCUCCUCACACAGGAGCUCCACUUCCUGUCCUGUCCUUUCCUCCAGAAUCAGCUUAAGCCUGACAGACAGGUAUGUAAAUAUUUUUUUUAAGCUUUUGUGUCCACUAUACCCAUUCCAGUUCCUGUGCCCCCUUUACCAUCCCAGUAACUGUGCCCACUUUACCCAACCCAGCACCUGUGCCCACUAUACCCAUUCCAACCCCUGUGCAUCCUUUACCAUCCCAGUUCUUGUGCCCCACUUUACCCAUUCCAGCCCCCUUGCCCCACUUUACCUAUCUCAGCCAGUGUGCCCACUUUACUUAUUCCAACCCCAUGUGCCCACUUUACCCAGCCCCCUUUACCCCAUCCCAAACUCUGUUUCACCCUUUCCCUAUCCCAGACUCUGUGCCCCCUUCCCCAUCCCAGACCCUCUUUUACCUAUCACAGCCCCUGUGUCGCCCCUUUACGCAUGCCAGCCCCCGUGCCCUCCCUUUAACCAUCCCAGCUUCUGUGUCCCCUCACCCAUCCCAGCCCCUGUGCCCCCCUUUACCCAGCCCCUGUGCCCCCUCUACCCAUCCCAGCCCCUACGCCCCCCUUUCACUCAUCCCAGCCUAUAUGCCUCCUUCAAACAUCCAAGACACUAUGGCCCUCUUUACCCAUCCCAGACCAUAUACCCCCAUCCCAGACCAUCUGAACACUUAUGCCCCCCUUCAGCCAUCCCAGGCCCUAUGCCCCCCUUUACCAAUCAUAGUCACUAUGCCCCAUUCACCCACCACAGCCCCUAUGCCUCCCUUCACCCACCACAGCCCCUAUGCCCCUUUAUCCAUCUGAGCCCAUUUUCCCCCCUUCACCCACCACAGCCCAUAUGCCCCCUUUACCGAUCUGAGCCCCUAAGCCACCUUUAACAUCCCAGACCCCAUGCCCCCUUCACCCACAACAGCUCUAUCGCUCAUUCAUAUCCCUUACCUGUACCUACCACAGCUUCUAUGCCUUUUUGCACACUCCUCAGCCUCUUUCUCUCCUUGUACCAACCUCACCCCAUGCCUUCCUGCACCCACUACAGCCCCCAUCCCUCUCAUCCCUAUCCCUCACUGGACCCACUACAGCACCUAUACUUCCAAGCCCCAUUCCACCCCUACCACUCCUGCUCCCACUACAGCCACUAUCCCUCCUGCAUGCAAACACUACCAUUCUUCUGCCAAUAGGUAAAACAAGACAAACAAUUAAUUCUAAUUCAACAUGUUGACAUACAGGAACACAUCACAAGUAGCAUCCCAGUCACGCAACCACGCAAGUAGCCUCCCAACACAUGUUUGGAGGAUACUUGUAUGGUCGAACAUGUGGGGGAUGCUGCUUGUGAUGUCACUAACAAACACAGAGGAAGGGUGUAAUUAAAUUUGCUUCAUUUCUUUAUUUUGAAUGCGAGGGCAUUAGGCAUGCUUGUAAGGGUUACUCCAUUCAAAAACAGUGUUUUAUUAAAACACUGUUUUUGGUUGGAUUAACCCCUUAGAGUAUAUCUUGCCGUGUUUGGGGGGGCCUGCUGGCGUGGAAGUCUUGCCGUACACAGCCAUGCUGAGUAGCGCAAACAUAAUAUCUGUGUGAGAGCUGCACAAAGACCUUGCACCAGGAAGGUUACUUCUAAACGAUGGUAGCUCCGCUCAGUGUCUAGAAGUGUCAGGCAAAGGAAGUAUUCAGAGACAAAGUCCCUCAGUAUAUCACUUGACUGGUUAGGAAUUUCAGUGAAAUUCCAACACAGUCAAAAUGAGUAUCUCAUAAAAAAUUUAUUUUUCUGAAAUUUUCUUCAUGGGGGAGGGGAGUGACAGUGCCUCUAUAAAGUUCUUCACAAUCAACAACAAUGUAUAGGAUCUCUUUUCAUCAGUCUUUUGAGGAGUAUAACUGCUAUCUCUAGAUACAUGUGUGAAGGUAGUGGGGACAGUGUAGGAGGGUACACUUUCACUUACGAUAACUUACCCUUAAUAACCUGACGCAAGACGUAAGUGGUGACAACAGGCCACAGCUUUAUUUAAAACAAUAAACAUUAUCAACAUAACAUAUUAAUAUAAUAUAUCCAAUAACAGUAACUUUUCAUCACUGGAUCCUUACCAACCGUCUACAUUAACAUGGGCGCUUGCCUCCCCCCUCCCCCUGGCCUUCCAAUACCAUCCAUGCAAACCACUGGCUUUGGUUCAGUGGGCACGUCCUUUACCCAUACCUGAAACCCGAGGCUAGGGGAGGGAUCAGGCCUGAACCUUUUCCACUGGACCACUGGUCCAACCCUGAUUGGCAAGGACCUUCAUCCUCUUGCUGUGACAAGAAAAAAAAAAAUUGCAUUUAAAGAGAACACCAUAACAGAAACAUAACAAGGGAGGGUGGUCUAGAAGCUGUUCCUAAGCCGGAUAAUUAAGAUGGUUGGGAGAUAAAAGGAAAUGGCUCCCCCUAUAUACAUGGACACCCCCCUUUUAACCUCUAGCUCCUCCCCCUACUUACAGGACUUCCUUUCCUUGAACUUUCUACACUCCCCCUCACUCACACAUGUCCCUGUUCCCAGCUAACACCUUUGGUUUGCCUCCUCAGGGUCUAAAAUUAAAUAAUAAAAAUAUGGUUAUGCACAGUCAUUUGUCUUUCAGACAAACCCUACUUGAGUAAGGGCUACAAAAACAAAUUAGAAAUAAACAAGCUAUGAAGGCCAUCACACAGAUUAAAUUAGUAGAGGUCUAAAGGAUAUAUUUGAUGUUGUAAUUUGCAAACCUAUAUUCCUGAGGCUAUAGUGCCCCUCUCCCUAGCUCUAAAAAAGUGCAAGUUUUACAUUGCAAGGUCAAAAGGACAGGACCGCUGUCAUUGCGAUAAAGUGAUAUGGGUGACUAUAGUAUCCCUUUAAGCACCACAUUGAGGCUUGCUAUAUAGUUCAAAAGAAAGAAAGAGAACUCUGAGAAUGGACAAAAUCUUAGAGGAAACUCAAUAGCUUGCCCUUCGAUACAUCCCCGCUGUUUAGCUCCCUCUAACAUAUUUUAUAUUAACAAACUGCUAAUGGUGCAGUCUCCUUGUAUAAACCUUGUAUAAAGUCUUUGUUUUGCAGACCCUAGUUUAUAAAUCUAGUGUUCCUGCUCCAAACUCUGGAAUGCUGGACAUUGUGUGGGAGAUAUUAUUACUGUCAAUUCCCAGGCCGUGCAGCUAACGGAUGAUAAUUGCCUCCAAUAAUAUAGAGCAAAGCAGUAAAGUACAUUCUUUGACUACCGGCAAAACUGAUGAGUCCCUGUGGCAACUGAUCUUGAUACAAAUAUUUUAGUGAGAUUUUGCAUACUUUUUGUAAAGUAAUACCAUGUACCUAAUUGAUAUAUCACAAAGAAAUAGAUUGGGGAUGAUCACAUGUUUGGCAUGACUUAUGUUAGUAAGCAUAUCUGCUUUGCCCUCACCUUCAUAUUAGUGAAUUUAAAUGUACAGAGCCCUUUUCACAGAUCUUGAUUAUGGGGUGUAAAUUAAUAAUUGUAAUAUCAUGAUAUUAUUAUUUUCAAGCAUAUUGAUAUGCUGUAUACUAGUACUUUUUUAUACAAAUUUUACCCUUUGAUCUAUUCCCCCCAGUUAUAAUAAAUCAUUCUGUAAGAAGUGACCAGUUAGUGUGGAUUCUUGGGUAGGUUGAGUAUUCCUCAGCUUUACAAAAGAGGAUGGCUUGGGAAAAACAAAUACUUGCAUUGUUACAGCUAGAUGUUAGUCUGACAUUCUCCUUUUUAUUAUAUUUUAUAUCAAAAGCCAAAAGUUUAAUCAUACAUUUCUUACACCAUGACACGUAGCCAGUCAGUUAGCAGGAUAAGUGUUAUGGGUAAGCAGUUGAGGAUAGUCUGUAGGGGCAGAUGGAGCAGCAUCUCCCUUCCCCGGUUUACAAUAAAAGAAAAUGGAAUAUGUUGUUCAAUCGGCUCUAAAAGAAUUUCUGAUGUCACCCAUUGGUUUUGCAUGGGGCUGUUGGAUCCUUGUACCCUAGAAGUCAGAGGCAUUUUUCUGUCUGCUAGGGCUGUGGAUGCUGCCAGACCUAUUUACAGUGAAUGCUAUUUUCCAUAUACAUACGGUUAAGUGAUGGGGUGAACUAAGCUACAGGGCAAUGUCACAUUCUGGGGGUAGAGUUUAAUACUCCACCAUCUUUAAAUGUAAUUAGCUGUCACUUUGGGAAAGGCAGUCUAGAAGAGUUGGAGUGCUAAGUGUUAGCUUUUAUUGCUCUGUAGCAUUGGCAUUGUCCUGCAUAUCAGACUUUACAUCAUAUUCAUUUGAAGGCGUACAAUCAUAAAACUAUGCAUGGCGGUUAUAUCUAAUAGAAGAUAUCCAAUUACAUAAAUGAGAUACAAUUAGUCAUCCAAAUCCUCCUGUUUUACAUUUUUCAUAUAGGAUAGUAUAUGAGUAUAUUUCAUUGGUUGUUAAUUUGCACACCUAUUACGAAAUCACUUCAGUGUACCAAAAGAAUAAGAUCUAAUUGUCAACAAUAUUAAAAGAAAACGUUAGUGUUGGGAAUACAAAGAUGUAUUCUUAAUUUUGAAGCGUCCCUCUUUUUACAUCUUGGUUAUGUAUCAACUCAAUCAAAUUCACAGAGUACCAAAAAUACAUGUGCGUCAACCUUUCUUGUCUCUCUUCACCAGUUAACCUGUGUACUUGACUCUAAAUAUAGCUCUCUAUGUCUUGAAAGGUGUGCUAGCUUGGGAAAUUUUCAGCGAGGGCAAGACACCCUUUGAGCAUCUUAGCAACUCGGAUGCUGUAGAAGAAAUAUCAGCUGGUCUGAGACUCUUCAAACCCAAGAUGGCUAAUGAGAAGGUGUACAAACUAAUGAACAACUGUUGGGAAGAGGUAAGGCUAGAUCUAAUAAGUAUACUGUUGUAAAGUAUACUGGGCCCUUUGCAACAUUGCUGCAAGCAAACACAAAAUCAUAUUGCAUAGAUAUAUUUUAAAGGAUAAUGGUGCCUUUACAAACUAAUAGUGACUCUUUGACUUGAUGUUUUCUUAGAAAGCAGAACUACGGCCCACAUUCUCCAGCCUGAUGAGAGAAAUCGCAGAAAUUAUAGAAUGUGAAUUGUGACGUACCAUCCGAGAUUGAAGAACAGUGAUACAUCUAAAUAUUUAUAUUUUUAUUCAGAGUGCUUGGUGCAAGAAAAAAAAGCAUUAAGAAGCUUGGAAAAAAGUAAUGUUUUAGUAAUGUGAGUGUGACAUUUGAUAAUCGAGCAGGAGCUGGAUAGAACUACAUCCCAGUGGCUUUGUGAAGACUUACUGAGAAAUUGAGCUUGUCUUCACUUUGAGAUAUCAGAGCUGUAUGGAGUAAAGCACAUGUAAAAUCAAUAGAACAGUGCAUCGUGUUGCAAGUAAAGUUUUCAUCUAUGAAAACUAACAGUAAACACCAAGGAGGUGUUUUACUGUGUUAUCAAGAUGAAGUAAUGCUAAACUCGUGUUAUCUCCAUUGAAGUCUUGUAGUCUUUGCUAUUUCGUAAUGUCGCAAGAACUUAUUUGGAGAAUUGUCACAAUUUUUACAUGCAAGUUUUACUGUCAUAAUGAUUUUCCUUUAAAGUCAGUGAGAACUCAAGGUUUGCAGACAUAUGCGGUCACAGUCUAACCAAAGGAAUGAAUCCUGGGAAAAUAUGCUGCAUGUGAAUUAAUUUUUAUUUUAAAAUGCUGUCUCUGCUUUAUCAGAAGUCAAUAGCAACAUCAUAGAACCAGGGGCAAUCAAGGAUGGAAAAGUUGCACAUAUGCAUUUAAAAAAACAAAACAAAAACUAUAUCACAACCAUAAUAGAAAUUACAAUUUGAUUCCUGUGUUGAAUAACCCCGCAAUUGGGUUAAGUUCUUUUGAGCAGAAGCUAUUACAGCUCUGCGUACAGGCAUGUGGCUUCCAUUCUUUCUGUGCAGGGAAAGAAUGGGCAUAUGCAUGUGGACACAUGAGCAGACUGGUCACAACCGAAGUCUAUGUUUUCUCUUAGAGAUACUUAAAUGGUGACUGAUUUUACUUCCUACAAAUAAUAUUAGUAACCUGGCAUGAAAAACAAUAUUUAUUUAGGGGCAUCGGGGCAAUAAUGGAUUAUGAAAGGACAUUUUUCCAGCUCUUGAGAGACCACAAACCUUAGGAUUCUAGGCCAGUCGCACUAAAAAUAGUUGCCAAGAUGUUCAGUCCAAUUCUCACUGGAGGGCUUUAUGUUUGGGAUAAACUUGACUGGCAAUUAUGUCAAUAUUCCAUUGUAUACUAAUGUGAAUUGAAUACUGUUAUUAUGUUAAGUAAAUAUUUAUUGUUAAUGUAAAUAUUUUAUUUACUAAACUGAACAAAAAACACAGCACAAUCAACCACCUACAUGCUUUAAAGCACGUAAUGACAGGCUAUGAAAUUACUUUACUCUUGUGUAUAUAUUAUUGAACUGAGC